GGUGCAGAUCACGGCACAUCUUCAAACCCACAGACUGCAGCUGCACCUCCUCCUCCUCCUCUCUCUCCAGUCCUCACAGCCGGACACGGGGCCACACACCCGGCCGGGAAUCGUGCACCAUGCCCGCUGAGCGGCUCCAACCGGGCCCGGAGUUGUUUUUCCCACUUGUGGAGGGAUUUACACGGACGAGCGGAGCGGGAGUCCUGCUGGGAGCUGCUGAGUACAGAGACCUGUGAAAACUUGAUGAAGCAGGAGGAGCAGACCGAGAGUGUUUGAGGAGGAGCAUGCUGCUGUGGUGGAGGGGGUCGACCCGGGAAUCAACCGCUGCUGCCGCUGCUGCUGCCGCCGGCCGCUGUUGUGCCCCGUGACGCGCCGGGGAGCGAGGCGAAGAGACAGAUCAGGAGAGUCCGGGGAGGGAAGAGUGAACCUGUUCUGCUGCUUUAGACCCGUUUUCAUUCAGGAUCUGACUCUCCGUGCUUCAGUAUCCCGGGGAUGCCUCCCGUCUCUCGGCUCCGUCCUCCUCUGGGUCGGUUCGGGAUGGAUGUGGCGCAGUGAGGAGGUUCCAGCCUGCGGAUAAUCACUCUGUGGACUUUUGUGUGUUUUUUUGGCUCCUGGUGCAGCUCGUGGAUCUCCCUCAUGCAGCUCCUCCGGCUGGCCUGGGCUCUGACUGCCGCUGCAGUCUGCUUCGUGCUCCUGCUGCUGCUCCACAACCAGGUCCUCCGAGAGGGUAAGGAGCGCGUGCGUGUAUGCAUGUGUGUGUGUUUAUGUUUUUAAUGUGAAAGUAAAAGAGUCAAAAAAGCCUCAACAGUUCACUGUCAAAGAAGAAGAAACGGGUUAAUUGAUUUUGGUGAGUCAGUCUGAUCCCACACGUGUUCGCGCACCCGUGCGUGAUUUGUGCACCUGUCGUCCCGUGUGAGCUCGGCAGUGGGUUCAACAGUGUGAUUAAAGGUGGAGAUGGGAAACUGAGAAAUAAGUCACAGCAGCCGGGGGCUCACAGCGGGCAUUACCGGGCUUAACGACCGGGCUGGGGUGCCUAGGAGGCGGAUUGCGCUCUCAUGAAGGGCCGCUGGUUUCCCCUGGAGGGGUCCAGAGAGACAGAUGAUAGAGAGGACACACACACACACACACACACACACACACACACACACACACACACACUGACAGGCUGCUUUUCUUCUAUUUCAAACCAAUUUAAUUUAAUUUGAAACCAAUUUAAUUUAAUUUGAUUAAAAAAUUAAUUGCAAAGAAGAAAUCAGAUAAACUCCAAUUAAUGAUCUCUGUCACCGUGGAUUCAAUCUGUUUCUCCGGCUUUGUCUUGAAAAUGUCGGUCAAUAAAGAGAGCUGCUCUGCUGUGCGGCUCUCCAACAGUCCGAGCUCUCUUCAUCCAAAACCUUUUUAUUUAUUUAUUUAUUUUAAUCCAACCAACAGUUUGAUAAUGACAGAUUUUCAGUGUCCUAUCACAUUUUAUAAGAGAAAACCUGAAACCAUGAAGAGGCCUGAUCAAUCAAUAAUGUACUCUGAUCAGUGAUGUCCACCGUUCACAGAAAAUACAGAAUACAGAAAAAAAGAAAAAAUGCUGAAUAUUCAUAAUAAUCUGAAUCCCCUGAUAUAUUUGAUUACUGAGACUGAAUAUUUAAAGUUGAGAACAAAAACAGUCACUUUGAAACUGCCUUCAGUCUUACACACACAGACUGAGACAUCUUCUGCAGUAACAGUGAGCUAAUGUUCAGCAGUGAGAGUGAAAAAGCUCAGAAUAGCCCUUUAAUUCUUUGGAAACACUAUUAAAAUAAAACAGAGGGUCAUUUUGUACCUGUUUUAGUGAAAAAUCAGUGCAGGUUUCUAUCUGGGGGCAUCAUGCUGGAUUAAUUAAUUGAUUGAACAAUUUUUCUGUUUAUAUUUAAUAAAUUUAUAUCAAUUAAGGCGAUCACGAUACAGAUAAUGAUGUUAUCACAAUAUAUAUGGAAACUGCGCUUUUAUUUUGAAAAGAUCUUAAACUACAGAACUGAAAGAAAGAGUAAAUGUGAAAUGAUUUCGUCACCAAGUUGUUUUUGGACUCACGAUAAAUCUUCAUCAUCAGUUUUUAAAAGUGCUGAGUCAUCUCUCAAAGCUAGCCUGUGAGCAGCUGCGACUUCUUCUUCAUCUUUGCUCCAUUUGAUUUAAAGAGAUAUUUCGGCGUAAAAUUAAGUUAUGGUCAAACACACCAUAACACUGAGUUAGACCCCCCCCCCUCCAGAGAUGAAUGUUGUUGACCACUUGCUUCACUAACUUUAGUAACGACCGCAGGAUAGAAAUACAGAGAGCCACGCCCUCAACCAAAACGCCACUCUAUAGCCACAAAUAAUGCUCAGAACAGCACCUAACUUCAUCAACAGGACAUAGAGGGUCACAGACAUAGUACUAGACACCAAACAUCUUUUUAACUUUGACUAAUUAGACUAAACACAACUCACCUACUCUCUUCCAGCAGCUGCUUGUUUGUACAGAGACCUCUGGGCAAGUCCAUUGACUACAGCGGGGUGACGCAGCUCAAGGAAGAACAUUUAUGAUCAUUUCUUCAUGGAAAUACAAUCAGACUGAGACACUAAGACAGAAGAACGACAGCGUCUGCAGAGCAAAAUGAUUAAUAUGGUGAUUAUUACUUCAAGGAAAUGAUAAAGAAAUGAUCGUAAAUGUUCUUCCUAAAUGUCGGCAACAUUCAUUUCUGGAGGGGGGGUCUAACUCUGUGUUUAGGGGCAACAGGACUCUGUAGUUGGAGUCACCCCAUGGUGUUAAUUUCGUCCGUGAACUGUAAACUUUAACACCCUUUUGGGAAGGACAACUGGACUUACUUGAGACGUUUCGCCUAAGUUGUCCUUUCAACGUAGAACUGGAAAUCAUAGAUGCUGUGUCCUUAGUUUUAAACAAUAUCUCCAGGUUUAGGAGGAACAUCUGCGUCCAUCAAGACAAGACCUUCAUAUGAUCCCAUAUGAUAAAGAAAUGAUCAUAAAUGAUCUUCCUUGAGCUGCGGCACCCCGCUGUAGUUCGUAAUGGACUGGACCUGAGGUCUUGCUACAAACAAGCGGCUGCUGGAAGAGAGUAGGUGAGUUGUGUUUAGUCUCUUUGCUAAAGAAAUGAGUCAAAGUUAAAAAGAUUUCUAUCCUGCCGUCGUUACUGAAGUUGGUAUAACUAGAGAAGCAAGAGAUCGGCAACAUUCAUCUCUGGAGGGGGGGUCUAACUCUAUGUUACAGUUUGUUUGACCCUAAAUUAAUUUUACGCCGGAAUAUCCCUUUAAGGACCAGAACUACGACCUCAGAGUAGCUUAAGUAUUUUAGAAAGAUAGUCCCAAACCCUUCGAGAGGGCCCAGGAGUGGAAUAAACAACAAGAGGCUAACUCUUCUUUAUUGACGACAGUUUGAGACCCCUGACUUUACCGCUACAUUAGAGCAACACUAAGCCCCCCGUUUGGACUUCAUCUCUCAAUAAUGGAACCGUGACGCACCUCCAGGCUCAGAGAGAAAAUGGUCGACCAGGAGCCUCAGAGCGUGAGGGUCAGGCCACGCCCGACCACACACGACAACCCCAAACAAUCCCGAGGACAUUUACAAAACAAAAGCUCAGGUUAGCGUCAAAGAAAGAGGAAAUGAAAGGGUGUUUGAGCUGCAGGGGGCGCUCAGGAGGCAGGAUGAGAGGACAUCAAAACGAGAAGAAGAGCGGUGAAUUCAGACGCCAAACUUCAGUGUUUGUUCCAGGUUUUAAUGUGAGGAAGGUACCUCUCCUCCUCCUCCUCCUCCUCCUCCUCCUCCUGCUUCUCCUUUCACACACACACACACACACAUACACAUCUGAGGUUUGUGUCUCUUUUAUUGAAGCUUUGUGUACAUCAUGAUUAAUUCACCGAGUCGGCAACAUCGCCGACUUCUCCAACAGCCGCCAACAUAAAAAUGUUUUUAAUGAGCACGCUGAGACGGCUCGUAAAAGAGCUGGAUGGAAACACGUAUGGAGGAGUCCUUCCUUCUCUUCUCUUCUUCAUUAUGACUUUAUUUCUUCAGCUGUUUAACACACACACACACACACACACACACACACACACACACACACACACACACACACACACACACACACACACACACACACACACACACACACACACAGAAAUAUAAUGAUUUAAACAAACGUGGGUUUUUAUUCUUACGUUCUGAUUUGGAAAUUUGUUCGGAUCUAAGUAAGGGUCCUAAAAUCUGGUAAAACAUACGGUCUAGAUUUUGAAGGUCAAAGGUCGUCUUAAUCUCUGUUCAUUAUCACAGUUUAUUUUUACACAUAAUUGCGGCACUUUCCAUGUUUAGCUUUCACAGAGUAAAUCUGAAAAAUUAAUGUGAGUCCAGGAAAAGUGUCAGCCAGAACUGAUUUCUUCACUUUAUCACGACACGUCAAAAACACGCCGUUUUAUGACCUUUUAUUGAUCAUGGCGCUUUAAAAGUACACAGGAUUAUCAUCUUGUUUUUUAUUAAUGACGACUUUAUCAAUUUUGUAGCUGACAUCAGAGGCGGUUAGUUUAAUUUAUUGAUUUGUUUGAUUUUUAACUAAAAAUUUAAAUUUAAAAAAAAAACAAGAAAAAAUAAGAAUUUAAAUCUUUUCUUGUUUAAAAUAAAUCGAUCAAUAAAUUGGAUUUAAAACAGAUGGACAUUUAUACCCAUGGGCAGAAUAGAGAGGGCGUUGAGGCAAUGGCGGACUUAGGAAUUUGGGGGCCCUAGACAAAGGCAGGCAUGGGGCCCUCCGCAUCCUUUAUUCUUGGGAUGCAUCGAUACCAAUGUUUACAGUAUUGAUUUAGAAGCUGUGUAGCGCUCUUCCGAUUCUUGCUGUUUUUUGCAACGGAUGCCAACCUCAUAUGGUUACGACUACCGUAGUGAUUCAUACAUGUUGAUUCCCAUAACUAAGUUUUAGUGGACCCCCAGAAACACUGGACCAUAGGCAACUGCCUAGUGUUGCCUAAUGGUAAGACCGACACUGUGUCGAGGGGGUUUGGUUUGGUGGUCUCAGGAUUGGGUUACUGUUUUUUGCAGAUGAUGUGGUCCUGUUGGCUUUAUCGGGCCGUGACCUUCAGCUUUUACUGGAUUUGUCCGUGGUUCUCAGUCAGAAAAAGGUGGAGCGCCCUCUGUGGGUCGGGGAUGAGAUCUUGUCCCAAGUGGAGGAGUUUAAGUAUCUCGCUGACUCUGCACAGGUCUGUCGUGGUAAAGGCGGAGCUAAAAGGCAAAGUUCUGCCGUAAGCCGUAAGGUGAUAAGUUGGUAGGUGUCACAUGGUGUUUGUGGUUGCUGCGGUAACAUACUGGAGCUUGGGUCAUGUGGGGCACGGGAUGAAUGCCAGGUAGUUAUGAAAAGUCGCGGCUUACGUGGCAGUCAGGUGAAGAGAGGGGAGCGGGGUAGCCGUAAUUUUUGUUGACUGCUUUGUUUCGCUUUUCUUCGCUUCCCAUCGUUUGGCUUUGUUUGUUCCUGCUGUGUAUCAAAAGGAGUCCUGUGUGUGUGACCACCAGCAGAUGUUUCAUUAAAACCAACCUCAAGUGCAUCAUAUGUCUCUUGCUUGUCCAUGGAUAGAGCGAUAGUGUGUCGGACAAAUACUGGACACUCAACUUUCCCUCAAGCGACAAAGUUGGUCUUUGGAGUCGCUGCACCGUUGGAUCUACGUUCCUACCCUCACCUAUAGUCACCAGCUGAGUGUAGUGACCGCAAGAACAAGAUCAUGAGUACAAGCGGCUGAAAUGAGUUCCUCUGCGGGGUGUCUGGGCUCUCCCUCAGAGUCAGGGUGAGAAACUCGAUCAUCAGGAGGAGCUCAGAGUCGAGCUGCUGCUCCUCCACGAUGAGAGACGCCUCGCUGGUCUUCAGGGUAGGAGAGCACAGGGAAGACCCAAGACACGCUGGAGAGACUAUGUCUUUCAGCUGGUUUGGGAACGUCUCGGGGUCGUCCAGGAUGAGCUGGAAGAAUUUGCCUGGUAGAGGGAAUUCAGGUUCUGCUGCUGCCCCCGUGACCCCGACUUAAGAUUUCUGUAUUUUCUAGUUUUCACGACACGUUUGAAAACACGGAGGUGGGAAUAAAUGCCUGUAACCAAAAAGAACGACUCGUGUUUGUCACAGUUUUAUUAAACAUGGUUCUUCAAAAGCGAAUGUGUUAGGGGGUGGUAUCAUGCUUUUCCACAUUUACAACAAAGAAACCAAAGUAACAGUGUUUGGUGUGAUGUAUGUUAACCUUCAAUUCUCGAGAUAACCGUCAUUAUCCUAGAAAACAGAUGUAAACGGCUCAUAACGGUUUGACGGGAGAUCACACGAGAUCUCAGUGAGACUCAGUAAAGUAAUUACAUCAUCACAAUAGGCUCUCCUUAUUGGUUCAUCUCUACUUCAGAUGAAGCGUGGUUAAGAGACGACGGCUAAAUCGAAGCGUCGAAGAGAGAAAAUUCAAAAUCUAAAAAUCAUGUGAAGAUAUUUGAGAAGAAUCAGAGAGGAAGUACAGAGUCUGAAUAAAAACCGUAAUGAUGUUAAAGGUUAUCAGUCAUGGCGAUUCAAAAACACAAUUUUCACUUCUUCUUUAUUGAUUUUGGCGUUUUAAAAUGAGACUGUUUUAAAAUCUAAUUUUGUUACUCAUUGAGGUUUAAAAGCACAAAGAUCCUGGGAUUGAGUUCCUCACAAGGACAAACAUGCAUGAAUUUCUAUGUGUUCAUCUUUAAAAGUGCGUCUUUACUUCUUCGUUUUUAAACUAACGUGAAAAUAAACCUCUCUUUUGUUUUCCGUCUUUGUGAAUCCUGGUUAAGCUUCUCCGUUUUCAUUCGCUCACAGUUUCAUGUAAAACAGCGACUCUGUCGUUACCUGCAGCCGUACAGUGCAGAGAUGGGUGUUCAUAAUCCUCUGCAGUAAUCCUCAACACAACUCCAUCUGUGCAACAUAAAGCUCCCCUUUUUUUGUGUGUGCUGAAGCUCAGAAAAGUCCGUUUAAGUCAGUAGAUUAACAGAAAAUAAAUAGUGAGGAUGUAAAAGUGCUGGGUGAUCGGUGUGAGGCUUUUAGCUUAAAGAGGAGAGGACUAGAAUCAAAUCAAAGAGCCUCUGUUUCUGUCCUCGGCGGCUGUAAUGAGUCUGUGUGCAGCUCAUUAUCAGAGCGUCCUGUAAUGUUGGAUUUGACCCUCAGAGAGCGUGUGCAGAGGAGAAGCAGCUUUAAUAAAAUCCACAUGUUGGAGACGUGGAGUCAGGACGACAAACACUGAACCAGAGACAGAGAGAGGACCCAGAUCCUGAACCAUCGUCCUCACAGGGACAGAAAGAUGGGGCGUCAGUCUAACAUGGAUUUGAUGCUGGUUUUUGGAAGUGAUGUGCAGUGAUUUCCACUUCAGAGUCACGUCUGUUUUUAAAGAUCACAUACAGUUCUGGUUUUUGCACGGUUCUCUGAUCGUAUCGUGUUCAGUAGAUGACGUAAACCACAAACUCUUGGUGUUAGCGUUCAACAUUUAAGACGUUUUCUUUCCACCUCUUUCAUUAAGAUGUCGUCGAGAUAGAGACGAACACCUUACAUGCUUUUAUGUGUAUCUUCUAUCUUGCGUCAUAUUGCUGUUACUGCAGUCGUUUCAUCUUUCUUCAGCGUGUUUUUUCUGAAAAAAAACAGUUUUCAUGUUAGUCGUCAAAGAGAAAUCAAACUUCUUCCUUUUGUUUGACUUGUGUGUGUCAAAGGUCAUAGUCAUUUAAAUCCUCAAGUCGAUUUUCCUCUCCAUCAUGUCUCACGCCUCCAGGCCACCGCACACCAGUGUAAACAAACAUGGCGUUUGCUAAAGAAGGCGAUAAUUUCGUGGUUAAAUAAAACAAGAGCAAGUCAGUCGUGUUGAAUUGGUACGACUUCACAGUUUCAGACAAAGAGUAAACCACUCCCCGCUGUAAAGUCGGUAUCAACCCGUCCACACGGAAAUGAAUUCAGGAGGAAACGCUAAAGUUUUUUGUCGUAUCGGCGUUUCAGGUGACUGUAAACUGUACUUUUUAAAAACAGGUCAGAGAGUGAAUAAAUCUGUAAACGACGACCAUUUCAUCUCCGUGUGGAUGUCUAUCUGCAUCUCUGGAAACGAUCAUGUGACACACAGAGUAACUCUUUUAUGGCAGCAAAACAACCUUUAUACACAUGCUCCGUACUCUUCUUCUGUCUUUGGUGCAUUUCCUGUGCAGCGUUACAGCGCCACUUACUGGCUUGGCAUAUUAACUACAUCGUUUUUAGUGGUUUUGUUUUGUGAAAUGAUAAAUGAGACUUUUUAUUGAAGUAAAGUUUGGUGAAGUUGUCACUGAAUAAAGCGUGAUUUUAUGUCUGACCAAAACCGUUCAGCCCUGCUGUGUCGUAGUUUCCUGUGUUGGAUCACAGACAGACUUGGAGACUGGGCGGUGAGGACAGCCUGAACGUCUCUGAGCUCUUUAAGCUCUGAUCGGUCUGCAGUAAACGACACAGACAGUGAAAGCUCUCUCUACAGAUGAACAUGAUAAUUCCAGCAGCUGCUCACUGACAAUCAAAGGUCAGAGGUCAAACACGGUCACUUGUGCAGGUGAGAGCUUCUCCUGACGCCGCUUAGACUCUUAUUUUGAAGUAACCGAGCUUUGUUUCUCCUUAUUACAAUCAAACAGGAAGAUUUCAGACCCACGUUCAGGUCCACGUCUGUCUCUUAAUCACAGCAGAGCGGCGGUUCGAAUGUUGAGCGCAGUGAGAUUUGAUCACAUGUCUGAAGCUUCAGUCAGUUAAACCUCCGACGGCGAAUCAAACGAUCCUUUGAGAGGACAGAAGGAACGGUUUGAGGAGGUGGUGCCUCUCUUUGUCGUCGUUUCUUCAUUGAUCAUCUCAGUGUGAAAAGCUUUAAUGAGCACAAACUGCUCCCUGAUUUUAAUUCCCACAUGCUGUCUGUUGACUGAGUUUCUCUUCUCUUUCCUCGGCCGCCUCAUAAAGCUCAUUUAGAUCCUGGAAACAAGCCUAUUAUGCUGCAGAUUCACUGUGGUGCCGGCGGUGCAGAAAGCUUACCUAAGGAGCCUUCAGAGUCCAAAUUAAUUCUCAACGCUCCAUUAAGUCGAACAUAUAUUCAUGGGAAUUAUGAACACACUGCGAAAAGAAAGAAAAAGCAAAUCAGCAGCUGAGAGAAAAACAAACAAACAGAAAUUAACGGAGCAAAAAGCUGCAGAGGAGCUAAUUGGAUUUGAAUAAAUUCAUCUGGAGGAGGAACAUCAGCGAGUGAUUCAACACGGAGCGUAACUCUGCGACGCACGACAAAAAGUGUCCGAGUCUUCCUCUGCUCGCUGAGCCAAGACGACAAACUGCUGUGUGGAGGUGGAGGAGGAGGAGGAGGAGCUGACAGACUUCAAAAUAAAAGCCUCUGCAGGGUCAGAGUCACAGGGGAGACAGGAAUCAGGAACUCAGAAAUAACAUCAGAAAAGUUAGAUUGAUUUUGAUCAUCGUUAUCAUAGGGAAUAAAAUAUCCUGGUUUUGACUUCAAACACUUUAUUUUAGGUUAUGUUUUUGAAAUAAAAAAAUUAUGAUCUGAGAUUAUUUUUGAUUUUCACUGCAGAGCUAAGAACUAAAUCCUGGAUGGUGACAACAUAGCAACAUCUCAUAGCAACAAUCUGAUAAUUAUUGAUAACAGACUGUCGCUAUGGAUACAGCUGCUCAUAUUCAGGGGGACUAUGAUGAGAAUACACAUUCUAUAUGAUGACACUUUCCACUGUGCAGAUUCAUUUAUUGUUCGCUGAUUAAUUCGACUUUUGAAUCAGCUGUCGGAUUUAAUUAAUUUGGAGCAAUUUCCGAUACUGGUAUCAGAAUCAGAACAGCUCUAACAGUUUUUUGGUUGUCCUGGUGACCAGAGACUGUACUGGACAUGGACUUAAUCACCCGGGAUUUCCACCGCAUCUGGAACGACUACGAUCUGGAACGGUUGCAAUUUUUGCCAUACGCCAAUUCCUACAGGGUCCGUUUGUGAGGCAAAUUUCAUGGCAGAUUACGGACAGCAGGAAUCGUGAGAACUCAAAAGGACCUGCUGAUUCACGUGCAAUCACGCGAUAAUGAGUUGUCUUUAGCCACAGAGGCUAACCAUAUAAGCAGUAGAUUGUGUCCUUCCAGAGGAGGAAAUCUACUUCUAGACUUCUAGAAUCAGCAUCUCCUCAUCCAUGGUGUCAUCGGGGUGAAAUGACGUCUAAAAACCUUUCACUUGUUCGUCUCCGCCCGUUUGCAUGGUGUGAAAUACGAUCCUCCUGAAACACGGAGUGUUUUAUUUUGAAAAGAAGCAGGAUGUUUUAUUUUGUGUCUGUGCCCGACUUCCUUUCCAGCACGGGUUAAUCUGUGCUGACUUUAUCCGCCAUGCUCCGGCAUCUAGAAAAGACAGAACAGCGAUUGGCAGCAAAACGGAAAGAAGUCGGUGUAAAUUGACACGUUAACUUGAAUGGUUACGAUCAGCUACGAUCGGAGGAUACGACCUUUUCGUAACCGUUCAGGAUGUGGUGGAAGUUGGGGGUCACAGAGAUCCGGCCCCCUCAGCAGGUCCUGCUCACUAAACUGUAUAUUAUCCUUUACAUCCAAGCUCUCACCCUCUCAUGAAUCUAAAGCCUACGCUGACCUUUCUCUUCCCCCUUUCAAAAUAAGAGUCUGUGAGAAUGUGCACAGCUGACUGUGUUGACGCUUUGACUGUCGAAUUUCCAUCUUUCUCCUGAAGCUCCGAUUAUCUCAAACAUCUGCGUACGAAAACCCGCAGAGCUGCAGUUUCACACUUUUAUUGUUUUCAUGGUUUUCAGAGACGCACGGUCUUCCCUUCACAUCUACUCUGUUACAGAUCUAUGAUUUCUGUUCUGGCUCUUUUGUCUGUUUUAUACAAAAGUUACGAUGAUCGUGAUUGUUGCCUGGUAACCUGAUUACAGUCUUUAUGAAUGGAGGACUUGUAAAUGUAAAUAUGAGUACAGCUUGUUUUUUUAACCGACAUUUGGGUUAGUUUUAGUUUUAUUGCCAAAUAUGUCUGAAUUUCUGAAGUCCUUUUUGUCCAACCAAGAUCCAGUUCACAGUUUAACAGGUUCUGUCCGUGCCCAUGCUUAACCCCUCACUAAAAUGAUCAUUAUUACAGCCUACGUACAGAAACUGGUUCCCUAAAUGGUGGAAAUCUCGUCCGUUCUGCUGAAAGUAGAAGAAAAAGUGAAAGUUUUAUUCCCCAAAUAAGCCUCUGCAGCACUUUUGGUUUCUGAUUUCAUGUUCUUGAUAUGAAAAAUAAAAGAUACCAGUGGAGGGUGCACACAGAUUUAUAUUUCAAAGAAAAGACGUUCAAUAAAAAGAAUGAAAAAGGCAUUUUUUUCUUUUUAUUGAAUUAUAUGAUUCACCAUCUUCCCAGCAGCUUUCUUUUAAAUAAAUACGUCUCUAAAACCUCCGACUUUGAAAGGCAAUUUUCAAAUAAGUGCAGACUCUGUUCUCUAAAAGUACUCCAUUUGUUUUAUCGCAGACAUCAGACACACUUUGAAUCCUCUGGAGUGGGAGUAAAUAAAAGACGGGCUUGAUAUGGACUCCUUUUGAUGGGUUUGAAAAGAAAUCUGAAAAAGACAUCCACGACUUUUGGAGUAUUUCUGCAACAUGAAUGUGAAUUAAAGCUGUGCAGAAAUAUGAUGUUUGAGGGUCUGUUAUUUCGAUGGUAAAGGUCUUGUUGCACUCUUCCUUCUUCCCUUCUUCUUCUCGUCGUCGUCUCCUCUAACAGACGAUUGGACGGAGGAGUUUAAUCCUGUAAUCAGGUCAUCGCCUCGCUCACUCGAGCAGCAUGUGUGAGAGACGAUCCAACCGUCUCCAAAUGUGUGAGCGUCAGUUUGACCUGCUGAUGACUCGGGUUCAGAUGGUCAGAGGGCGGAGGAAGUAUCAACCAACUCAAACGAGUGAGGACUCUGAGGAGCUGAAGAAGAAGGUCGUCUUCUCCACUAACCGGCUGAUGUUACGCGGUUGUUUUCCACUUCCAUUAAAUGCAGUUUAGGAACCGAAUCGUUCGUCUGGAGUGGAUCCUUCAAACUCUGCAAACAAGUGGAAAACCGAAGUCUCAGUUUAGGCAGUCGCUAUAACCUCAUGACGUUGGACGAGACAAUGUGAUUUAACCGGACUCUCCUUGUCCCCGUUUGAAAUAGAGAUUAGAUUUAUGGAUCUGUGACGGGAGUCUGAUCUUGAGGAACCGUUCCUUUAAAAGAGUUGUUCAAAAGACAGGCUCAUUGUUUGAUUUAUUUAUUUUUUAGAAGUCAAACGGAUACACAUAGAUGGGAAAAAGAUCCUUACAGUAGCUUUACCCCCAGUUUUUACCGCAUCUGGAACGGCUCCGAUCCGGAAUGGCGCCAAUUUUCGCCAAUUCCUACUGGAUCAGUUUGUGAGGCAAACUUCGAGGCAGAUUUCGGACAGCGGGAAUCAUGAGAACUUAAAAGAACCUGCGGAUUCACAUGCAAUCACGCGAUAACGAGUUUUCUCUAUUAAGACAGACACAUAGACAUAUAAGCAGUAGAUUGUGUCCUUCCAGAGGAGGAAAUCUACUUCUAGACUUCUAGAAUCAGCAUCUCCUCAUCCAUGGUGUCAUCGGGGUGAAAUGACGUCUAAAAACCUUUCAUUUGUUCGUCUCCGCCCGUUUGCAUGGUGUGAAAUACGAUCCUCCUGAAACACGGAGUGUUUUAUUUUGAAAAGAAGCCGGAUGUUUUAUUUUGUGUCUGUGCCCGACUUCCUUUCCAGCACGGGUUAAUCUGUGCUGAAUUUAUCCGCCAUGCUCCAGCGCCUGGAACAAAAUAGAACUCUUGUGAUCAGCUGAGGAGUCCGGCGAUCCGCAGAGGAACAGAAAGAAGUCGGUGUAAAUUGACACGUUUACUUGAAUGGUUACGAUCAGCUACGAUCGGAGGAUACGAUCUUUUAGGAGACGAUCAGGAUGAAGGUGGAGAUUGGGGGUAAACCUUGAGAUAUUGUUUUAAACUGAGGAUGCAGCAUCUAUGAUUUCCAGUUCUUUGUUGAAAGGAUACCGGACUUACUUGAGACGUUUCGCCUUGGCAAAAGAGUGUUAGAUUUUGAUCCACAGGGGAACGGAAAGAAGUCGGUGUUAUGAUCAGCUACAAUCUGUGGAUAUGACCUUUUCCUAGCCGUUCAGGACGCGGUGGAAACUGGGGGUUAAAGACUUUGCACAAAAAGGGGCGGAGUCUAUCAGUCCAGACAUUUGUGCUUACAUACACCUGUUCCCGGGUUUUGCAUCCACUCAGUCUCAGUAACAGAGGCAGAUCUCCUCUGGGGCGAGUUGAAGGAUUGUUUCAUCCUCGACGAGUGCGUCCUCUAUUGAUUUCUGGGUCGCAGGCCAGAGGACAAGAGGAAGUAGUAUUAGCAGUACCCAGAGUCCUCCUGUGAUCCCUCUGUUUCCAUGGCCCCUGUGUCAGUCCCGGUCUGAAAGCGGCCCUCUUUAAUCGUGUCGGAGUUGUCACGACCUUGACUCCGUUUAAAGUCUCCUCUGAUGCCCUUUGUUUUCCGAGUUUUUACCCGGCCUCAUGUUGGAUUCUGGAUUUGUCUCUCGCUGCAGAGACUCAUUAACCGUCAUCAGGAGGAUCAGCAAACAGCCCCCGCAUCACGUCUUAACCAAUUUCUGCCUCAUCAUUAUUCCUCUGCUCUCGCUCUCAGGACAAACACGGUGACUCGGGUUUCCUCACUCUCCGAUUGUUGUUCUUAUUUUCAAUUUGCGGGGAAUUAAAAAGAAAACAGCGGAUGAUAAAAGCUCAUAUCAGCCAGAUGUCAGUUUGUCUUCGUUCCUCUCAUGCGUGAAUAGAUUACAUGUCAGCUGUGAUUGAAGAAGCAAGAGUCCAAACAGAGAAAACAAAGUGCUGUAAUUUCAUUAUUCUGCAGUAAUGUGAGGAAGAUGUUUGGAGUCUUUACGCCGCCGAAGCACAAAGUCAAAUAAAUGUAUAAAGUUUUACUGCAGAGAGCAGAGGGAGGAAAUGAAUCCCCACAGGCAGAAAGUCUUCCCAUUAAGUUUAUGUAUAAGAAAUAAAAGAUUAAAUUAGACGUUAUCAGCACGGGGGAUUUUCUUUACAACCUUCAGAACAAAUUUUCUGUAGGUGAGCAUUUGAAAAACUUUGCCAAGGAGAUAUAACGAGUCUUGAAUGAGCAAUAUGGAAGAGUUUGCAUCUUUAUGACUGAAUCUGACUCUUAAAACUGAACGAUGUUUGGGAUUUAAUGUGCAGACGGAGACGUUUUCUUUGGAAACAAGAGAACACAAACUUGGAUGGAGAUAAAAAAAUAACACCUCAGUUUGAGAGGUCCCACGUCAGUCUGAGCCUUUAACAGCUUAAAGAAGGAGUUAGUCCAGGUCAAGCUUUGACCAGCUUAGAAACUCCUUUAGAAAGGAGAGUAUUAAUGCAGGAUCCACCUCCCAGACUACUUUAGGGGAAACUGGAAGCAACAGUCUAGAGCAAGUAAACCUCAAAAGUAAAAUCAAAAACAUUUCAUCCAGCAGCAGGCUAACCCCCAAUUUCCCCUGCUUCCGGGAAACAAAUACGAAAAGGUCGUAUCCUCCGAUCGUAGCUGAUCGUAACCAUUCAAGUUAACGUGUCAAUUUACACCGACUUCUUUCCGUUCCUCUGCGGAUCGCCGGACUCCUCAGCUGAUCACACGGGUUCUAUUUUCUUCUGGACGCCGGAGCAUGGCGGAUAAAUUCAGCACAGAUUAACCCGUGCUGGAAAGGAAGUCGGGAACAGACACAAAAUAAAACAUCCGGCUUCUUUUCAAAAUAAAACACUCCGUGUUUCAGGAGGAUCGUAUUUCACACCAUGCAAACGGGCGGAGACGAACAAGUGAAAGGAUUUUAGACGUCAUUUCACCCCGAUGACACCAUGGAUGAGGAGAUGCUGAUUCUAGAAGUCUAGAAGUAGAUUUCCUCCCCUGGAAGGACACAAUCUACUGCUUAUAUGGUUACCCUCUGUGGCUGAGAGACAACUUGUUAUCACCCGAUUGCACAUGAAUCUGCACGUUCUUAUGAGUUCUCGCGAUUACCGCUGUCCGUAAUCCAUCACGAAAUUUGUCUCACAAAAGGUAAAAAUUGUUGUACGACGAAAAUCGCCGCUGUUCCGGAUCGGAGCCGUUCCGAUUUCAUUAGACUUGGAUUUAUCGAUAAAGUGUGAGUUGUAAACAGGUGUGAUUAUUGGAGCGAAAAAACACGCCAAUUUAACCGUCUUUUCUCGAGCCUUGUCCUCUACCAAAUCGUACACAGACGAAUUCAUUUAUUUAUAUUUAAUAAAUUUAAUAUAAAAUCAAAAGAUAUAUGUUAUAUAGGAAUAACUUCCGAGUGUUUAUCCACCUGGAACCAAAAUAUGACCACGAUUACACUGAUUAGGCUCAUAUAAAAAUUAACAGAAUAUUUGAGAUGUGAUGUAUUAUCACCUAAUGAUCCGAAGGACCCGUGCAUCCUCAUGCAUGUCGAUCCACUUGCUCUAAAGUGAGGGCAAAGUUGAAAUUGUCCAAUAUGUUGUUUUUGGACCAUAAACACACGGUUAAUCUCCAUUUUGCAUUUGUGUUUGUUUUUUAUGGAGAAAAACAAGAACUCUCACCUAAUUUGAUGCCCCAGUCUUUUAAAGUGUGACUCUCAGCUCAAAGUAAAAAUCACAAAAAUGACAAACGUCUGCAAAACAGACAAAGGAACCGAGGGUUAAGAAGUGGCACUGCUAGACUCAAGUCCAAAAACCUCUCACAGUUCAGGACACGCGAUCUUCUUUAGCCGGCCUUGAGUUUUGUACCUCUUUAGUUCCGGAGAGGUCAGAAACAGACCCGUGUUUGGCCGGUUCUGCAGGGUCAUCUUAAGCCGCAGUAUCCUGAGCUUUUGAGGCCGCGGCGCCGUGACUGAUGAGCUGCUAUUCUGGAGUCAGAGCUGCUCUUUUUGGGAUGUUACAGGGUCACAACAUCCACCUCCGCUGAUAGAGGAGGGUGUGUUUGUUUUUUCCAUCAGGGGAAAACGAGACGACCUUCAUUGGAAAGGUUUGUGCGGACAGAAAGCAGAGCCUGAAAACCUCCAGAGUCGGUCCGUCUGAGGAAACUUAUUUCAUUUUUCACUCAUCGUAUUAAUUGGUAAUUGAAAAGUAGAUGAGGCUCCCUGUUGUCUUUCACACGGAGCUUUUUAAUCAUUAGAGACGUCCAACAAUUAAAAAAGUUUCCUCCAAUCCUGUUUACAGCGAGCGAGCUCUUCCUUUUGUCUUCUCCCAGCAUCCUCUGCUGUCAAAGAUAAAGAAACAAUCACUUUUUCAUCAUGUUGUGCCGGAGCAGAUGGAGAACUAAAGAGAGUGGAUGAUGAGCUGCUGCUAACGAGGGAACAGAAACCUGCCUGCCACCGCCACCCUCUGCGGUUACCAUGGGAUACCUGUUAGCGAGCAGCAUCCCCAACAUCAUCUACAAACAGACUGACACCUAAUUAACGCGAAACGCAGCGGGGCGCCUCGAUCUUUAUCGCUGCCAGGUUGAAAAAGAAAAAAAAAGAGUCAACUUGUGAUGUUUUAAAAGAAUAUGUCAACGCUCCGGGACGCAGCAAAUCAAACAGUUUAAUCUGGAUUACUAUAACCCAGCUUUAGAAAUCCCUUUCUUUGCUUUCCAGGAUUAGAUAAUCCGUCUAAUCCUUUAUUAAAAAUUCCUGAAAGUUGUUUUUUUUUUAAGCUUUUGCAUCUUGAUGUAGAGAGGACAGUGAUAAGAGGUGGAAGCCUGAGUGGGAGGCUAACAGCUUUUAGGCAAACCGACCUCUGUACACGGGUGCUAAAAUAGCUAAUUGUGUAAAUUAGUAACGGGUCAGUAUCAUUGGUAGGGCGAUACGGCCUCAAAUCAAUAUCAUGAUAUAUUGAGCAGUUCACCUCGAUAACGAUAAAUGGAUGAUAAGUACUCAACAAGCUCUCCACAAAGAAGACCAUAGCCCACCUACACUCAUCCAAAACCAACUUUUAUUUACUUUUGACACCAAAUAUACAGAUAUGGGAAAAACGUGGGUGUUGGGAUGUCGAUUAUAGCCGUAAAUUUGGGUAUUGGUAAAUUUUCGGUUUGUCGCCCAGCUCUAGCAGGAGCACAACUGUACAUCUGUGUGUGAAAAACAGAGGGAUGAACUCUUGUGCAUUAUAAAGCACUUCAGACUGUAAAACAGGCCUUUGUUGGUCUACAGCUUUUUUUCCCUUCCAAUACGAUACCGAUAUUGCAGUCUUGAAUAUCAGCGGAUACCAACAAGAAACACUUCUGUUACAGACACUUGUCUUACUUUGUUAAAGCGGUUUACCUGUCCAGCAGAAAGGUUACAGGGUCACCAAGAUCCCCAAGCGUCCCCCAUCGUUUAUGUUGACCCGGCUUUUUAGCUCUUGUCCGGUCUACCUCCGUUUUAAGCGCCCGUUAUUCCUCCAGAGUCUCCGGUAUUUACUUUGUUUUCUUGCUUGUGUCGGCAGUCGUGGCCAAAGGAGGAUUCAGACAAUUUUCCGAACUUUCUGGUUGGUUUCUACUGUCCGAUAUUGUAGCACGCUAUCUUUGUUUGGGCUCCUGAACGACACGGGGGAGCAGCGUCUGCCUCACAACCAAUAGAGAACACAGAGAAAUGUCAUCAAUAACCAAUAACUAUUGACUGAUAUUAAAGAUUUUUUGUUUGUACACCACAAAAAAGAGUCUUCUUUAACGGAAUCCUGCCUACCCCAGCUUUAACUAAACUCCUGACUACCUUUAAUACUCCUCCAUCUCCACUUUCUGCUGUGGAAUAUAAUCCGAUAUUCUUUCUUUGGCUGAUAUCGGACCGAUAGCUGAUAUAAAUAUCACCACAGCCCUAAAUCUAAGUGUUGAUGUUUGUGACUUUGGAAUCUAUUUUCGUGCCUCGCCAACGUCAUGGCGCAGGCGCGGCGUAAGUCAGGUCUGCCAGGUAGACAAGGCAUUUCCAAGCACAAUUUGGUAUUUUGGUGAGUGGCGCAGCCUGGCGCAAGUAUCCCCCCUCCCUAACUCAGCUCCUCCCAGCGGGCUACGCCAGACGAAAAUACCACUGCGCGGGGUCCACCACCCUCCACUGCGUUGCUGGCGGACAUGAAAAUAGAGCCCCUUGUGUCUGGUGUACCACAGGACCUAAAAACCUCUAGUCUGCACAUGUGCGUCCGGUCUGAGCCCCUGAUUUUUAUCCUGGUUUUAAUCGGAGAAUCAGAUCUCUGCCAAAAGUCCGUCUUUGUGUCCGAUAUGACCACACUCAGAGGAUGAAUUUGUGUCCUUUCGUCUCAUCAGGCUGUGACCUUUGACCCCUCUAACAUGAAACUACACAGGCUGCUGUUUCUGCAGAGCUCACAGAGAUCUGAGUGUUUUCAAACAGAGAGGAAGAGGAGGAGGUGGUGAUAACGCUCAUCACAGCGGCUCUCAGACUCAGAGUUUAUGAGCUUCCAUGUAGCCUCCAGGCUAACAGGAUGGGUAGAGCACAUGAGACAGAAAGCGGCAGUGGUGCUAAUGCAGGCUGUCAGAUGUAAUUAUGAGCUUCAUUAAAACUGCAGAGCGUCCCAACACACAGAUCUGAGCACUGAUGAUGUUUUCACAGAAAUCCAACCUACGCAGGGAAAACGUCACGUCGUUUCGAGGAGAGCAGCAGGAAGUUUGUUUGCAUACACACAAAGUUCUGAAGGAUUUCCAUGUUUUGAUUUUGAUGGUGUUGUCAUCCUGUAGCGGAGGCGCACAGACAUUAAUCCUCCUCAAAGAUACCUGGUCUGACGGACAGCAGCUAUGUCUCUGAGCCGGUGGGAACAACAGCACUGUGUCUUCAUUCCUGUUUCACACUGACGCUGCUGACAGCGAAUGCUGCUCGCCACAUCAAAACCUAUCAGCUCCUGAGUGCCGCCGCCGCUGCGCCGUGUUUCCGUCUGACAGCUAAAGCUUUUCACCCCGACAGUCUGGACUUCAAACAGCCGCAGCUGCAGAAAUGACAGAAUAGAUUUUUAUUAAACAGUUGAAGGACAGGGCAGCCUUUGUAGAAAAACCAACAGAGAGAGUAUUUUACAUUUCUGUCACUGAAAACUCUGAGAGUUUCACACAAAUCUGCUUUUAAUUGAUAUUUUUACUGCUUCUCUUCAUGUAAUCAGUGCAUAGAGAGCUCAGAUUGUUGUCAAACAUUUUAUAAAUGUGUGAAUAGAUCUAGAAUACGCAGAUCUACACAUGUCAGAAAGAGGUUCACAGACCAAGAAAAGAGUACACAGAUAUGCAAAUCCACACACACACACCAGCCAACAGGAAACCUCUGUCGUUCUAAACACUAAAAGUCCCUUUUUUUUGUAAUGUGCGUUAAAAAAAUCCUAUAUGACCAACAAUUAUAUAUUUAAGAUUGUCAUUUUACUCAUUAAUUUUACUCAUUUUUUCUUUUUAUCCAUGACAGAGUGUGAAGUCACAGUGAACUAUCUAAAUGGGAACUUUAGUCGUUAUUUACCAACCAAGUGGAAGUCCCUUUUUUCCGUAAUGUGCAUGGUUAAAAAAAAAACAACUGCAUUCUCAGAAGUGUGGACUGAUCCUUGAAAUACAUUGAAAAAUUAAUAGAAAUCCAACACUUGUGAAAACUGGUUCUUGGGAAUUAUCUUGGGAAUGAAAAGCUUACGGGGUCUUGUCAAAGUCUAAAAUGUGUUUUUUAAGCAAUUGCUUAAAAUCUUUUCAAAAACAAAGAGAAACCAUCUUUAAAGAGACAUGUCCGGCACUCAGUAACCCGUUAAACAGCCCCCCUCUAGUCUGAAAGGCUGCCUUUAGUGCAAACAUUCACACCUUCAGGGAGUCUGUGUAAAACGACGUGUGUUUAGGGUCGUUGUAAUUCCAGCUCCAGCCUACAGGGGGGGAAAGCCUCGCAUGGACUUAAACACUCACACACUUUUAGGUCCCCACUUGGAUAAAAUAAAAAAAAACUUCACCAGAGUGAGUUACACAUGAUUUUAGCAUGAUUUAAAGCAUGAACAACAGGGGGCCUAAAAAUGUCCCCUGUUGGCUAAGCGGUCCCCUCUUGGUGGAAGUGUUACGAUGCUAAAUUCCCCCCUUGGAUAGGUAGGAAAGUACACACACACACACACACACACACACACACACAUACGUAGGCAUUUACGUAGGCAGACCCAGAAAUCCAUAAGUAGAUCAUCAAACAGAUCCGCAGGCCUACAAAUCCAGACAUAGAUCUAUGAAUGCUCCAUAGAUCUAGAAAUGUAGACAACAAAAAGUGCAAAUAAAUCCACCAGUGCAUGAAAAGACCGACAGUUGAGUUCAUGGUUUACAUGUUCACAUGUGCUAAAACACACCCAGAGAGGUUUCAAUAGAUCUAAAAAGGUCCAAAAGAGUCUGCACAGGAGUCUGUAUGUAGAUCAGGAAAUGUGCAAAUAGAUCCUCAAUGUUUCUGCAGAUGCACCAAUCCGUACUCAGUACUGAACAAGUUCAAAUAGUUCUUCAAAUUCACACGCAGAUCUUUAAAUGUGUCGAUGCAUAAAAAGUGAUUAAUGUCUGAAAAGUUUUUGAGGGACUUUUUUCCCACAGAUCUUCACAUGUAUGUUUGAGGUUUAGUUCCCUCAGAGUUCAGGCUCACCGUGUUUUCCUUCAGGUCCUCGUCGGUCACGAAUGUUGGAGAGAAACAAAAGUGGAAAAGUCGUUUUGUCAAUCCAUCUCUUUUCAGUCAAUCACUUGUCUUCUUAAUGAGGGAGGAAAGUGUUUUUGUUUUUCGAAGCCUCCUGAUCCAGAGUAGAAAACACACACGCACAUCUACAUAAAAUAUCUACGUUAUUUUGACACUCUCCUCUUUAUUUUUGUCUUUUAUCAUAAAUCUUCAUCCUCGUGAAAACUCGAAGGUUCAAACUGACGUCUGCUGCUGAUUUUGGUCCCCCGUUUUCAUGGCCGUGUGAGCAGCUGUCUCUGGAUUUCUCUGAUUUCUCUGAGGGGAAACUCUUCAAACGUGAUGACUCGGAGGUUUUGGUUUGAAAGCAGCUGAUUUGAUAAAAGUGUUUCUGAAACGGAGAUGGAGACGGUGAUUGGCUGUUUGCUUGGGUGGGAUUACGGGGGUCCUUGAGGAGGCUUGAAAAUACCUUAAGGGGGCCCUUGAGAGGCUCUCGUGGAGGUUUUUAAGGUCCUUAAAAGGCUUCAGCAGUUUGGAGACUUCUAUGAUAUGUGUUGUAUGUUCAGUUGGUGCAGUUGCUAUGGUAACAUGCUGUUUCAUGGGACCGGAGCACCUAUUUAGGAGACUAUAAUUCAGGUGAACACAGCAGAUGCAAAUCAGACGAAUGUUUCUGUGGUUUCUAUGGAAACUGUUGUACCAUAAUGAAAGACUGACUGACUGACUGCAGAGAGGAGGAAGUUGGAGGUGAAAUGUUUUCACGUCCUCAUGUCUGACCUUUAAACAGAUACGACCGUCUUUAAUUGGUAAACUCUGUUCGUUAGUGGUUGUUGUUUAAAGAGGCGGAGUUUUGUCCCUGAACCGCGUCUCCACCUCUUCCUGUUGUAGUGAAGUCAGAAUACACUCACAGCCGGCGCCGACGCUUCGAUCUAGUGAUGUCCGAGUCUGAUCAGCUGAUUCUAGGCGGUCAGAUUCUCAUCAUGUUCAGUUUUAUGGUUCGUCUUUAGUCUUUAGAGUGGAUCAGGUUCUUGUCAGCAUACCCACCUCGGAUUUCCAGGAUGGUCGUGUUUUCUGUCGACUGACAUGUUAAAUUCGGACGGAUCCGACACUCCUGAAUCCAGACCUGCAUCAGAGAUGAAGUUAAUACAUGAACUGCAGUUCCCAGAGUGUCCACUUGAGGCUGACAGCAGUUUAGGGUUUCUCAAAGUCGCCUUUUAUGGGGCGUGAGUGAAAUCAUUCACUUUCAUGAAAUACAUGUUGAGUCAACAAAAAAACGCAAUUAGAUGCUUGUACUACUCCUGCGCAGUGGAGUUUUUCAUGCGUAUUAAGCAGACGCUAAUUUGCAAGAGUAAAAAAUAUCUCAGCUUGAGCAGAAAUUCAUGUUGUGAUAACCAAUCAGCAUGAAGAUUCCUGGAUGACGUAUGAAAACGGACCGGAAGAUGUUGACUGGUGUGAAAAUAUAAACACAAAUCCUUUUACUCACAGCAGACAGACGGACAGACGCUCUGCAGCUGGGAUAGAGCGCCUGUAAUCGGUAUCCUGGAGGGAUAUCCUGGCGCCGACCCUCACCAACAGGUCGUCAAAUUAUGUUCAGGUAAUACAAAAAUACCGCUGGAAAUGGCCGUCAUCCGGGUGUGGCUAUUGGAGGAGACCCAGAAUUGCGAAAAUGGACUAAAUGAUUGUGGCGGAUGAGGCGAGUAGAUGAUUUUACUCGCGCUUGGUGUGAACGCCCAAUCAGAGUGACUUCAGGUUACGUAUCUGAGAGUACGGUUAAAGUGAGGACUUUACUCCCUGAAUGAAGAGGUGUUUUUGACAGAGCUGGUCCGAUCCACAGAAGCUGAUCUCUACUCUUUCUCUGCUCCGAGCAGGAUCUUCAUUUCCAACCGUAUCACAGAAGUCAUUAUUAUUAAUGAGCAGCUGAGCGAUACAGGUGAUCUUAUAUCUGAACACCUGAUCCUGUCACGUCUGUCAGGUAUUAUUAAUGAGUGUUGGAGCUAUUUUUACAUCCAGAUAUAUUCCAGAUUCAUCCAGUUACCAGUUUCCCUCCAGAGGCAGAGAUGAAAAGUUCAGGGUGUCACUGAUGACUCUGCUGCUCCUAAAAACAGGAACUCGCUCAGGGAGGUCAACCUCCAGCCGACUGUGAAAAUAGACCCGGUGUCGGAGCGUCGGCUGCUGCCUCUUACUUUAGUCCACGUCUUCAAGGUCACGCAGAGGCUCCUCCUCAGGUUUGACCUCUCAGCGGUUUCAUGCACUUAUACAAAGAGCCGUACUUUGCAUCCCUGUGAGACGCAGCCGCUAUGACCGGCGCGGGGAGGUUACCUGGGUAUAAAGACGCUGUGAAGAGGUGUUUUUGGACGGAGGUGACGGACCUUCUGUACUCGCUGCUGCUUUCACGCUUCUGAAAGAGUUAUUUAAACAUCAGCUCCUCCACGCCGCUUUUCCUCACACCAGCAUAGAUUUCUUCUCCUGAAGGUCCUAAAGGUCAUAGAAAGAGUCCGUUAGAUCCUACAACAUGAAACUUCUACGAUACGCUCAGUUAAACAAACAUGAAAUCAUAUUUAUAGAGUUGGAGCUCAGAGUUCAGCUCGAGUCGAAGGCCCGUCAGAGUAUUUCCUCCCUGUCUGAAACCUCCAACAGAGUCAACAAUGUGCGGUUUUUGUGAACCUGUGGAGCCAAGGAGCCACCUGUGAGGCCAAGACGUGUGCCUGCCCCCUCUGUCAGGCGCCACCUUGUGGGUAAAAUACGAUCGCUCUGAUGUUAUUCCUGUCAUCGGAAUCAGAACUUGAAAUAUUCUGGAUUUACACGUUUGAGAUUAAGGAUCACGAUAAAACCCCAGAACUUUUCAUCUGAUGGCGAUUAAGCUCCACAAAUAUAAGCUCCUCCUCCAUUUUCCACACCAGUGAGCAUCUUCAGGUCUGUUCCAUGCGUCACCUGGGAAUCUUCGUGCUGAUUGGUUACCAUGACGCAAAUAUUCGCUCAAAUUGAGAUACUUUCAUUCUCGUGAAUUCGCCUCGAUCGUGUAAAUGUGGCGAAUCACCGGAUUAACUCGCUUCAUUCGUGUCACCCACCAGAGUAGAAAGAUCGUCAAAUCGCGUCUUUGCAUCGACUUCACAUGUAGUUCACUGGCGGUUGGUGUGAACGCCCCUUUAAGGUUCUCUGUACCGCCUCGGUCUUUGCUGCUGCUCUCCCUGCUCCGGCCUGUCAUGUUCGUCUCUGAAACGAAGGGUUGGUGUUCGCUCACAGAAGAGUCCCACAUGGCUGAAUAUAAUUUAUUUAUUCAUACAAAUCCGUAAACUCCUCAGGACAUUUCUGACUGUUUGUAAAAACGAACCUGGUUCCAUAAAUUCUCAUUAUCAACGUAGCACAGGUGACAGGUCCGACUGAGUUAACGUGAAAUAAUCUGAGUUUAACUGAAUUUAACUCGUGUUUGUCCCUCAGGUCAGUUGGCGGCGGGAACCUGUGAGAUCGUCACUCUGGACCGGGACAGCAGUCAGCCAAGGAGGACCAUCGCCCGACAGACGGCUCGCUGCGCCUGCAGGAAGGGACAGAUCGCCGGGACGACACGGGCCAGACCGGCCUGCGUGGACGGUGAGAAGUUUCCUUCGAUCAAACGUCUGAAAAAAAAAACAGAGACGUGUUUUCUGCCUUUGUUCUCAGUCAGCGGUGAAAGCACACAGCAGCUUCAGAUAAUUUUCAGGGUAAAUUACACUUGGAAGUUUUCUGGCAGUGAUUGACGACGUCAUGUCAGUAUGCAGAAGCUCGAACCGUCAGUUUACGGGUGAAACAAACACGCAGAUACCUGCAGCUUCCUUCCUAAUCCUCCACAUCUCUGCGUCUGGACUGCCAGGUUCACAAAGUCAGAGCUCAGAGUUGCACUGCAUUUCAUCAGCGGCUGUCUCCUCCUCUCUCCGUCUCUUUUUGUUUCUGCCAUCUGGAGACGAUGACAACAGCUGGGGGGACUCGGUGUGCUCUGCAGGGAUUUACAGGCUCUCCUGGUGAUUUUUACAGACUCUGAACAGUUGUUUAGCCGAGUUUAAGAGCCUCUGCAGUCGCUCCUGCUGCUCUCACAGCUGCAUCCAAACACAAAUUCAAAUAUCUCUCCUGUUUUCAGACGAAUCUGCAGCUUUCUUUAGCUGCUGACAGGAAAACCAGAGUGUGAACAAACUGUCCAGUGUUUCUUCUGAGGAGGAGGAUGUGCAGAUCGACUUUUCUGUUCAGUUAUUCACCUGGAGUCGAGUUCACAUCUGGGGUUCAGAUUUUAUCCCUUUUUAAGUUUUUUCUUUUUAAAGAUUAUCGAAGUCUUUUGUUUUUACAUGACUUAUUGCGUCUACAUUUAAACAAGCGCCACAUCUCUGCAACCACCAGGCUGUCAUUUUGACAUCUUAGUCUACGUUCAGACUGCAGGUCAACUCCGAUUUUUUAACCAUCUGUGACUCAUAUCUGAUUUUUUCAUCUAAGUGUGAACAGGUCAAUUCUGAUUGGUUCUGAUCCGACCCAGGCCUCUUCUGUAUGUGGAUAUAAAUCAGAUAUGUAUCUGAUGUGACUGCAGUGUGGACGCUCAGGUCGCGUUCAUCCGACCUUUACGUCAUCAAUAUGAGACAAACGUCACCAUUGUUCAACGACACAAACAGGCGCGGAAAGAAAUUUGUGCGCAUGCAGGUCACUUCACAGACACAUUCCGUUCAAAAAACAUUUUUGUUUAACAAAAAAUCCGAAUUGUGCAUCAGAACCUGAACAUAACCCGCAUCCGGAACAGCGGCGAUUUUCGCAGUACGCCAAUUUCUACCAGAUCCGUGUGUCAGGCGAAUUUCGUGGCAAAUUAGGGACAACAGGAAUCAUGAGAACUCACAAGAACCUGCAGAUUCAUAAUCGCACAAUAACAAGUCUCUCAGCCACAGAGGCUAACCAUAUAAGCAGUAGAUUGUGUCCUUCCAGAGGAGGAAAUCUACUUCUAGACUUCUAGAAUCAGCAUCUCCUCAUCCAUGGUGUCAUCAAUGACGUCUAAAAACCUUUCACUUGUUCGUCUCCGCCCGUUUGCAUGGUGUGAAAUACGAUCCUCCUGAAACACGGAGUGUUUUAUUUUGAAAAGAAGCCGGAUGUUUUAUUUUGUGUCUGUGCCCGACUUCCUUUCCAGCACGGGUUAAUCUGUGCUGAAUUUAUCCGCCAUGCUCCGGCGUCCAGAAAAAAUAGAACUCUUGUGAUCAGCUGAGGAGUCCGGCGAUCCGCAGAGGAACGGAAAGAAGUCGGUGUAAAUUGACACGUUAACUUGAAUGGUUACGAUCAGCUACGAUCGGAGGAUACGAUCUUUUAGGAGACGAUCAGGAUGAAGGUGGAGAUCGGGCAUUAGAUUAACUCCAAAUUUUCUCAUUUUUGGUUGAAGGCUUUUCAAAGUAAAAGACACCCAUUUUUUCCCUAUUUUUUAGCACAGUGCUUUUAUUUUGAAGUUUUGUCCACUGCAGUUUUAAAAUAAAUAAGGUCACAGUUCUUAAGAAAGUUUCUGCUAAACUGUUGGAGAAACAUCUGUUGUUAGACAUAUGAGAGUCCAACUGUUUAAUAACCUGAAGGAAGAAUAACAUAAAUUCAGUUUCAUGUCGUCUUUGUUCCUGAUUUAAAAACUCAUUCAUGACCUUAUUUACGGGACGAGCCGCUCACUCACACCCGGCCUGAGUGAACGCGGUGACAGCAUGACUUAGAGCCGCUCUGCUAACAUGCUAACAGUCUGAGGCGUUCAAGCUGGUGUGUUUGGAUGUUGAUCAGGUGAGAGUGUGUUCAUGUGUGUGUGUGUUGAUCAGGUUAAAGUGUGUUCAUCAGUGAUGGUUGGCGCUGCAUCCUGAAUGUGCUCUGCUGCUCUGGGAGGAUAUUUUCAGCAGCAGAUACGAGAGCGCUGACGAUCGCUGACGAUCGCUGCGACCUGUUUUUCUGAGCUCAAAGACUCGUCAGCUGCUUCCUGUUUUUUUUUCACUCUGAACGUUUCAGAAAAUCGAAUCCUAAUGUGCUCUGGCGUCUCUCUCAGACAGCUACAGUCGACGCUGAUGUUUCUUUGGCAGGUUUUCAGGACGUCAGGUUAUAGAAUCUGCAGCGUGGUUCACUUGUGAAGCAAACAGAGGCCUGUGUUUAAAAAGAGACGUAUAACCGCUGAACAGCCGGAUCAUAAAUAACAUACUUUUGAGUGUGUUGUUUAUCAGACGUUGUUCGAUCAGUGUAAAAACCGUCCAUUUUAAAAUCUCCAUCCUUUCUCUGACGGUUUCAGAGCAGCAUGCUGGUGUUUAUGUCAGCUUCUGUUUUCUGCUGCAAUCUCAGGUAAACUCUGCAGAAUCCAGACAGACGAAAAAAAACUAAAACAAGCAGAAACCUUUCAGAAAAAAUCAACACAGGACAUUUUUAGAGGGAAAACAACACAAGAAGGUAAAUAAAGAGACAUCAUCCCUGCUGCAGAGAUUUGUCCUGAAUAAGAGUCAGAAUAAGUGAAGCUGCUCAUCUAUAAUUAAAGCGCGGUGCUAGUUCAGGCAGGCCAUGAAGUGACGCUUUUCACUAUCUGUGCUUCUAACUGGUGAAUUUAGUCAAAUUCCUGCUGUUUAUCGCAGAAACUCGAAUCUUAACGAUUAUUUUUGUCUUCGUCUGGGAAAAGAUUAUCCAACAAGUUCAGGGAGACGUAUUUUUUUUAGGAUAUUACACGUCAUUUAAUUCGAGAAUGAAAUAUAGAAUUUUUCUUUUUACUCAUUAAUGGAUUUAAAAGAAUUUCAAAAUUUGACAUUUUCUGGACUUGAGUGUCUUAUUCUUCUGGUCUGGAGGAAUGAAGUCGAUGCUGAGGUGAUAAACCUGCAGUUCCCUGAGUGUCCACUUGAGGCUGGCUGAAGAAGCACAAGAACCCCAUAGAAGCCUUCAGCAUGUUUACAGUCUGGUUCAGAGAGUUGGUCCUGGUCUGAAGAGCUCAGAGAUUCUGCAGAAACCAAGAGUUUUUACUUUGACUCAGACUUAGUUCUCCCCGUUCCUGUUGGAACUUUGGGCGAUGAGUCCCCUCCUUUUGCUCCGGUCUCUUGCGACCCUUCUCUCUCCAUACCAGCUGACUCCCGUCUCGCUCAGGUCUUCCUCGGCUGUUUGUCUCCAUGUCUUCUUUGUCCUCCCUCUAUCGCCACACUCGCCGGUCUCUCUCUCUCUCUCGGCGGUCUGAGUCCAUGUCCGCUCAUUCUCUGUCUCCUGUCAGAGACGAUGUCAGACGGUCAUGUCCUCGGUCUUUUCUUGGUUUAUACGUAGACCGACUUUUGCUCCUCAUGCAGGCUGUUAAUUCAUUUAGUGAAACGUGGGCGUGGCUAAUGAGCGCCAAAUCGUCUGCAAAGUCUAGAUCUGUCAGUCUGCCCCCUCCCCACCUGACGCCGUGGUUUGCCCCCGAUGACCGUUUUCCUCAUCACAGAGUCAAUGACUGUGAUAAAAGUAAAAGUAGUAGAAGAUCAUUCAGAGCUUCUUUAAAACAUUUAAAGUGACUAAAUUUUAUUUAAUUUUACUUUUUUUCCAGUUAAAUUUUUCAGGUUUUGUAAAAACACUUUUCUCAGCCUGUUGGUUCUGCUGACGCUGGUCGUGCAGAGAGGUUUUAAAAUGUUCACUCAGCGUGGAGAAAGUCCUGCAUGAGUCUCAGACCUCAGUGACCUUUCUGUAGCGGUGAGCGCCGCAGCACGGUGGUAUUUGCGUCAGUUUGUAUCUCUGGAAGUCGCCGGGUUUCCUUUGGGUCGUUGUGCCGCUGGAUCAGACCGCGGUCACUUCUCAUCCGCCUGCAGACGUCUCCGUCCCGGUUGUUGUUAGGAGGUAAUUUCAGGAUGCGCUCCUGAGUUUUCAUAUUUACAGAAACACAAACUUAAUCAAAUCUGAAAAGUUUGGGUUUGCUCUCCAAGAGCGUCGCAGUCUGUGUCUCUAAAUUUGAUUUUUUUUUUGGAGGUUUUCUUGGACUGAAGCGGCUCCUGUUCACAUAAACCAACAGAGACGUCAGCUGGACCCGGAAAAAUCUAAUCUGUGAGUGUUGGGAGUAUUUCCUGCUGACGUUCAUGUCUUCAGACGGACAGAGAGAGAGAGGAAGAGCAGGCUGAGGCGCUCUGAGGCUCUUUGAGGAAACAAACAGCCGAGACACGAGAGAGACCUUUUGGUUUUUCUCGUCAGGUGGAGACGAACUGAAAAGGGCAGAGAGGUGGAGCGUUCAGGGACCCCGGGCUGAAAGACUUUGAGUCAGACUCCUGGAGUCCUAAAGACAAUAAAAACACUCUGCAGACAGAAGAGAGAGGAGAUACUGAAGGAAAGGAAAAAACACCUGAACAGAAAAAAAAACUCUGACUCUGUAAAAGGAGGACAGCGGCGGCGAGCUCUCAUAUCAGCUGUUAGAAAUGAGACAGGGCGUCCUGAGAGCGUCAGACUUUUCUUAUCUUUUAAAGUUUUUUUUAUAACACCAAUCAUGUCUUUAUGAGAGGAUUUUAAACCCCAACUGAGGAGAAAAAAAACGUCUUUUUUUACAUUAUUGAUUCUUAUUUGAAAAUAAACCCUGUAGAAAAAUAAGAGAGAAUAAAAAUAAAAUUUCUUUCUAAGAUAAACGAGUAAAUUGAUGGAUUUUUGUUUAUUUCCAGACUGUUUUUUUUUUCUCUCUUUUCGUCGUGUCGUCCUCGGGGACCCUCCUUCUGGACACCGUCGUUGAUGAAUGAAGUGAUUACAAAACGGCCUCCUCUCUUUGCGGAUAAAUGGACUGUGCCGGGCGUUGGCGUUGGCGUUGGCGGUGGAUGGAUCUGCGUUUUAGUCGUUCAUUAAUCAGUGCUCGCAGGUGUUCAGGUGUUCACUGAUACCUGAGAUUAAUUCAGCGUGUCGGCGCCGCACAGUGUUUAAUGUGAGCGUCUGUUUACGGUUUUCUGACCGUUUUCUAAAUUUAACACCCGAAGAUGCGCCCGUUUCUUCAGAGGGCCCCGCUAAAUCAUCCUGACCGCCUGAGUCCUGGAUCCAGCGCUCCCAUUGGUCAGAAGAAGCUCCUGCUCAGUUCAGGGGAUGAUGCACGAUGUUUGAAUUUGUCCUGAGAUGAGAUACGCCGACGGGAGGGCGGUCAGAACCGAGACCGUCUUAAAGGGAUAUUUUAGCAUAAAAUUAAGCAACACCGAGUUAGACCCCCCCUCCAGAGAUGAAUGUUGUCGACCGCUUUCUUCUCUAGUUUUAUACCAACUUUAGUAACGACCGCAGGAUAGAAAUACAGAGAGACACGCCCCCAACCAAAACGCCACUCUAUAGCCACAAAUAAUGCUCAGAACAGCACCUAACUUCAUCAACAGGACAUAUAGGGUCACAGCCAUAGUACUAGACACCAAACAUCUUUUUAACUUUGACUCAUUUCUUUAACAGAAAGACUCAACCUCUCUCCUCCAUCGACUACAGCGGAGUGCCGCAGCUCAAGGAAGAACAUUUAUGAUCAUUUCUUUAUGGAAAUACAAUCAGACCGAGAUGCUAAGACAGAAGAACUACCGCGUCUGUAAAAUGAUUAAUAUGAUGAUUAUUACUUCAAGGAAAUGAUAAAGAAAUGAUCAUAAAUGUUCUUCCUUGAGCUGCAGCACCCCGAUGUAGUCGAUGGACUCACCUGGAGGUGAGUUGUGUUUCGUCUCUUUGCUAAAGAAAUUAGCGAGAAAUGUAACACUUUUGGAAAGGACAACAUGUGACUCUGCAUGUUCAGUGAUCCACCAAUCACAUUCAUUCUUUACUCAGUUGCCAAUCAGACUACCCUGCCAGCUGUCAAUCGAAAUCAGAGAGGGAAACCACACCCCUGCACAUGGAGAGAGUCGCUGGCACUGCCGGUGUUGUGUCGAGAAACUCGUGUCUGCUGAGAAAUACUUCGGGAACAUUCCUCAUCACUGUUUAUCCCAACAGAUAAGAAUUGUAUGGGUACAUUUCCGUGGACCACUCUACUAUAAGCGGUGCACGUUUUGCGAGGUGGAUGCAAUACCUGGAGGACAUGCGUUUCUCAGCACAACACCGGGAACAACAACGAUUGCAAAAUGAGCAACGAAGAAGAGAAAACUGUGGACCAAAACACGUCUUCUGUGUUCAUCUGUCGCCACAAGAACGUCCCAGCACAAUAAAAACUAAAAAUAUCUCUGAGACAGACAGAAGCCAUUCUAACAUUCACAAAAUGAGGUAAGAUCAGUGCAGGUUAACUGUCCUCAAGACUUCAGCAGAAACUCAAAUUCAGCUCAUCUGGGAAAAUUCCUGUAUUUUUAAAUAUCACAAUAUAUAUCACAGGGUUGAAAAACAUCGUGAUGUCAGUUUUUGUCCGAUAUCGUUCAGCCUUCGUGGUUAACAGGAACCACUUUGGGUAACUGGAGGUGAGCUGGUUCCACUGUUCUCCGUGUUAAAGUGAUAAAAUAAAACCACAGAAAAUGUAGAAAACAAACUAAAAGUCCAUUUUUAUUUGCUCCUUCGGUGAAGCUCUCGUAUCUGUGACCUUGGGUUUUUGAGUUUCGUCCUGAGCCCGCCCUGGUCCUGGUCCUGGUCCUGAUUCUGCGUUUUCUCUUGGUUCCUGUGUCUGGGUCGACAUGCUCAGUCUGAGUGUUUCCAGCCGAUUUCAGGAAACAGCAGCACUUACAUCCUCGCCGUGAGGCGGCGGAUAAAACGCUGGGAUCCUGCUGUGGUAAUGGCAGCGUUAUGCUGGGAAGCAUGUGGCGUUUUCACUCAGCGACGGCGCCCUGGGACGAUGAAGGAAAGAGGCAAAUCAGCCGACAGGGCGGCCUCUGUCGGCUCCCAUCUUCAUCCUCAGCAGGAAACUCAGAGAAGCUGUGAUUACACGUCGUCUGCUCAGAAACAAACAAACGCCGCUCCGCUCCCUGACACCUUUUAUUGUGUCUCAGGGGGCGUCUGAGCGCGCUCAGUGCUGCUCUGCUGAGCCACAGGGAGAGAAGUGGUGAAAUAUUCCAGGACAGAACAUCAGAGCAGAGAGGACAUUAUCCUGGUGUCGUACCUGUGGUGUGAAAAUCACAUCAGGUACAAAUUUAAACUUUACUGCGUUUGAUUCAAUCGGAGAUCGACCCGCAGAUUCUGAUCGUAAACGUCCGAAAGCGUCCGCUUCGUUUUCCUGUUGCUACACCGGUUUGAGUCCCACUUUGGCGCCCGUUGGUGUGUUGAGGUGUGGACUGGAAGCUUACUCUCUGACUGAUGUGAAUGUAGGUAUGUGUCCAUGCGCUGCCCGCAGUCAGUGAGGACGCCGCUCUGUCACACCCGCUACACGUUAAAAUUGCGGUAAUAUUUCUGAUGUUAUAACAGUAUUUUUUUUAAUGGCUGAAGGGAUGGAGAGUCUGGAUGACCGUUUUAGAGAGGGGAUGAUUUAGGAUCCCAUCCCCCCUCAACUCCAGUACAGGUCAGAGGAUCAGAUCUGGUCUUUCCCUCAAAGUUUUUGGCCCAUUUUAGCUUCAAACCUGUUCAAACCGGUUCCUCCCUGAGUCCACCAGUUUCCACGCUGUCAAACAGAAAACAGAGGUAAAGAGCGGUCACUGGAAGCUGGAUCGUUGUUUCUCUGAGGGUUUUGAUAAGCUGGACUCUUCGCGGCCCUCCCCCCCCCUGGUUCUUCACUGCGCCCUCGUGAGAAGCAAAGAUCUCCGUGUUUUCACCUCUGGACUAAAAUCGAAGUCAUUUGUGUAAGUGUGGGUUUGGGUUUUGAUUCAAUCUUUGUGCUGUUUGUAAUUUGAAGCCUGAACUCUGGACCUCAAUUCUAAAUAACCUUUUCAUAAGCCGUUGAAGUAUUUCCUGGUUCUGUAGGAGGACUCCUCGCUCUUCAUCAUGAUAGAGGUGUGAGAGCAAUGUGAGGAUUUAAUUAAGUAUCAUGGCUGAGGGGAGCUGCUGUUCAAUAGGAAAUUGGUUUGAUAAUUGGGGGCUAACGGGCUAUCACAAUCACACCACUGCUCCGCCGCUCCAAAGGGAGAACUGAUUACCUGGUUAUGUAUUACAGGCCGGUACAGACUUUCAUUUUCUUCAUCUUCCCCCCGGCCGGGCUCACAGAGUUUAAUUUAACGCCGGGAAUGAGAGCGAGGCUGGAACAACGGGGAAUAAUUGGGUCAGUAAAGCGUCGCCAUAACAGCAGGAAAUCCCUUCAAGUGAAGAAUUCAUUAACGAAUGAGGCGACAGAGACGGAGGAUCGCUCAGGACGACUGAAGGAGUUAGUCUGAGUUAGUCCGACUGAGUUAGUCUGACUUAAUUAGUCCGAGUUAGUCUGAGUUAGUCUGUCAGAGUUAGUCUGAGUUAGUCUGAUUUAAGUAGUCUGAGUUAGUCCGACUGAGUUAGUCUGAAUUAGUUAGUCUGAGUUAGUCUGACUGAGUUAGUCUGAAUAAGUUAGUCCAAGUAAGUCUGACUGAGAUACUGUGACUGAGAUAGUCAGCGUUAGUCUGAGUGAGUUAGUCUGAGUGAGAUAGUAUGAGUUAGUCUGUCAGUGUAAGUCUGAGUUUGUUUACAUUAGUCUGACUAAAUUAGUCUAGAUGAGUCAGAUUGAGUGAGAUUUUCUAAGUUAGUCUGACAGAGUUGGUCUGAGUUAGACAGUCUGACUGAGGUAGUCUGAAUAGUCUGAGUUAGACUGAAUAAUCUGUCAGAGUUGAACUAAGCCAGUCUCACUGAUUUAGUCUAACUGAGUUAGUCUGAGUAAGUCUGACUAAUUUAGUCUAACUGAGUUAGUCUGAGUAGGUUUGAGCUAAGUUGGUUAAAUUAUUUCGACUCAGUUAGUUUAGGUUUGUCUAACUGAGUUGGUCUUAAUGAUUAACUCUGAGUUAGUCUGAAUGUGUAAGUCUGAGUUGGUCUUAGUUAUUCUGAGAGAUAGUCUGACAUAAUUAGUCUGACUUACUGUAAAUACUGUGACUGAGUUGAUCUGAGCUACUCUGAAUAAAUUAGUCUGACAGAGUUAGUCUGACUAAGAUUGUCUGACAAUUGGUUUAAGUUAGUCUGAAUGAGUUAGUCAGAGUUGGACUACGCUAGUCUGACUAAUUUAGUCUAACUGAGUCAGUGUGAGUUGAUCUGAGCUAAACUGACUAAGUUAGUUUAAAUUCGUCUUACUAAAUUAGCUUAAGUUAGUCUGACUUACUUAGUUUAAGUUAGUCUGAAUGUUUAAAUCUGAGUUGGUCUAAGUUAGUCUGAUUGAGUUAGUCUGACAGAGUUAGUCUGACAGGAUGCAGGCCGACACACACACUGACGAACAAUGAACCAACAAGAACAAAAGGGAAGACAGAGACUAUCUACACACACUGGGAAACGAGACACAGGUGAGACUGAUGGGUGAUAAACAAAGGAGAGAAAACUAGGGAAGUAAAACCAGACUAGAAACAUGAGGAAUCAACUCCUACAAAAUAAAACAGGAAAUAAACAAACGGAAUAAACAGAAGAGAUCAUGAGAAUAUUAGUUAUAAUACUGAACUGUCUGUUAUUUUUCUGUCCUCUGCUGUGAACUCUCCGCUCAUGACGGUUUAAAACCAGGUCUCAGGGUCCAGUCCACCUCUGCUCUCUGGUUCUGUUGGGUCAGAACUUCACGGAUGACAGUGGACCUCACGCUCAGCUGUAUUUGGAGAUGCUGUCACGCCUUGGAAGUUAAGUUGAACGCAUUAAAAAAACAGUCCAAGUUUACUUUGUUGAGAAGGUGGUCAGGGGUCAAAGACAGCCGGGCAGAUAAAUCAGACACACUCCAAUUAAAACCCGGGUCAGACUAAAGGCCAGACAGGCAGAACCGGGGUGAAAAAGCAGGCGGAUGCACACAGGACAGCGCCCAGCAGAGGUUGGAAAGAGGGCGCGUGAACUCGUUUAACUACUGCAAUAAUCAUGGAGAUGGAGGCGAGUGGGAGAGUGGGUGGAGAUGGAUGGGAACAGUGGGAGCGAGGUUACUUCAGGGCAGGUGUAAUUAGCUGUGAUCUGUGGUGGAGAAGGGGGGCCUGUCGUUUAUGUAGUCUUGAUACUCUCAGGGGGGUCAGUUUUACUGCACCAGAGAAAACACAAAGACCAGGAUGUGAUCAGCAGAAAGGCGCCGCUCCCUCACGGUGAAAAAGGUGACCUCCGUACUGACGGGGGAUUUUACACCCUGCUGAACGAAAGAGGAGGCGAGAGGGGCUGUUAAAAACUCCUCACAGGAGCUUUAAGUUUGAAUCUUUGGACGAUAUUGUUUUUUUCAUGGCAUCAUAUCGUACGUCUCAGUCUCUCUUUGGGAUCAUGAGGUUAUCUGAAAUGAAGAGUCACUGAACUCCUUCAGAUCUGGACCAGGUUUCUGAGAGCUGCUGAUUCGUGUCACCUCUGCUUUGUCUUACUCUGCCUUGCGUUAUGUUUGUUGUUGUUACAUUAGGUUACGUCAGGUGGUAUUUGCAUACUUUUGCAUAUUUAAUAAAAAGUUUCUGAGAAUUGUCGCACCUCCUCCUCCUCCGUCCUGAGUUUGCAGAGAGAUGCAGACAAAGACCGGCCGGCAGAGGUUACAGACACUGGAAACAACUCUGACUGUCAUCAGGGGUUCUCAACUGGUCUCACUCUGGGACCCACAUUUUCCCACAGUCCUUCAGUCAUGACCCACUUUAAUAAAAUUCAAACCAAGCAAAUUUAUCUUUUAUACAUACACAGUUUUUAUUGAGUAAAGUGCAUUUCAGAGCAAAUGAACUGAGGACGACAACGACUGAAGCUCCUUAAACAGAAAAUAUCAAAGUGUCCAAAAUGGAGACCAGAAAAAUCUCUGCAUUCAGAGCAAAUUCAAAAGAACCUGGAGAGGACUAAAGUGAAUAAAUAUCAAAUUGAACAAAAUAAAAACCACCUUAAUAAGGAACCGAGGACCACGACAUAAUGCCUGCCUUUCAAAAUAAGCUAUUUUUCAAAAUAAAAGACACGUCAAACAUCAGAUGCGUAUUAAAUAUUUACUUUUUGGACCAGCUGUUCGUGACCCAUCCAGAACGUGGUCAGGACCCACUUUAGGGUCAGGACCCACCAGUUGAGAACCACUGCUUUAAACUACGACUCUUUGUUUGCAAGAAAAAAAUCUCAGGAGAUGAACAGCUGACCCUGAAAUCAGGAGAUCGACAUGAGCGAAAUAAAAGCUUUUUAAGAGAAACUGUAAAUAAGUUUAGGAGUAAAACAGUCUUAGAGUUUCAGUGGAGUUAAAACGUUUGUAAAGUCACCGGAUACUUUUCUGAGAGUGAAGCGAAUGUAAUAAUUGUGUAUUUCUAUAAACAGUGAUCUAUAUUUACUAUCAUAAGACAGUCUUCAGGCUGAUGUCUCAGUUUUAUUCCUCUGCGGACCUGUGUCUUUAAAGUGUCUUUUAAGGCGAUAAAAAUGACCUGGUCAACAAAAACUCGGCUGUCUCUGCGUCUGUUUUCUCCACCGCUCCAAGGAUGACCCGAUGUUUAUUCACGUUAGAUUCCUCGCUUGGUCACAUUUCCUCUUUGACUCCGCCCUUUCUUCUCUCGGCUUGCGUUUUCUUCGCACUUUUCUUGGCACUUUUGGGCGAGCAGAAGUAUUUGUGGGGUUUUUUUGCGUCCUUCUCCAUCACAGCUCCUGUAGCUAAGCUGCUACGCUACUUUUAGCCGCUCAGAGCUCCGAGGAGGGCCGGGAGAGUGGGAGGGGACGAGUCGGAACUACGGGAGAGGGGUGUGUCGAAUACAGCGAGGUGAUUGGAUGGAGAGGCGGAGCACAAGGAGCUGUGCGGGACGGAUUGCUCCCAUUGGUCAAUGUUUUUGCAGCCCUGCACCUGAUAGGAUGAACGGAUUUUUCCGAUCUUUUUUCACUUUGUGGAGAUCGCACUAUAGGACGAUGAUCGCCAUAGAAACCAGGUUCAUAAUAAUCACCAAUCUCUUCAAUCGUCAAUGAUGACUUUAAUCAUACUUGUGUUUCACUGUGAUGGCAGGGCCUUAUAAAUAACUAUCAGGGUGCAUCAUGGGAGAUGUAGUCUCCUGAUUUUUAUACCUUGACCCAUUUAAAACCAAACAUUGUUUGAUUCUGUGUUUUAUAUUUCUAUUAUAAUUAGACUCCAGUUUCUUUAUCUCUCAGCACACUUCCUCCUCCUUCUCUUAACCCCCCCCCACCACCACCUCUCUCUGUGGACCAAUCAGGGAGCCACAAUAUGCAAAUGUGGUAGUGAGAAUGUCCUAUAUCUUUAUAAAUAGCUGAGUGUUUUGAACGAAGAGGUCUGUGUUCUGUAAACAGACUCGGCUGGUUUUAGUUCACUCCUUCACGACAUAAAAUCGGCCUUUUUUUUAACAAUCAAAAGUCCAAAGAUGGAGAAAAAAGUGACCUCCAUUCAGCAAAAAACGUCACCUUUUGUUUAUCUGGAGUGAAAACACGAAAACUUUUAGAGUAGAGAGGAUUUAAAACCUGAUAAAAAGCAGUAAAGAUGUGAUAUCAGAGGAAAAGUCAAAGGAUGUCAAAUAUGGAAACGACCCGACACUGCAGAGGAUGAGUCAGUUAAGGGGGACACACAACCGGGGUAUGGUGGUGAUUCUGGGUCCUCCGGUCUGAGCUGAAGACCAUCAGACCCUGACCUGAACUCUUAAAUAUUAAACAUGUUCAAUAGUGACGGAAAAACAAGAGAGAUGAUAAACUCACACUCUUCUUCUUCUUCUUCUUCUUUCCUCCUCAGUUCGUAUCGUGUGGAGUCGACAGUGGUGUGAGAUGAGCCCGUGUUUGGACGAUGAAGGUUGCGACCUCCUGGUCAACCAGUCGGGCUGGACCUGCACGCAACCAGGAGGCCGAGUCAAGACCACCACGGUGAGAAAAAACCUGGUGUGUGAGAAAUGAGAGAAACUUGAAGCUGAAAAAAGUCUUUUUGUUUUUUUUUCUGUUAAAUUUUAAUCAAAAAUCUAAUUCAGCUUUAAAAACACGAUAAUGUCCUUUAGCGAGGACGCUGCUGGCCCGUAUUAAAAUCACAGCCUGUGUCUGUGAGUGUGUGUGUGUGUGAGUGUGUGUGUGUGAGUGUGAGUGUGUGUUGAUUGAAUAAUUACAGCCCGUGAGCGCUCUCCUAUCCAUCUGCCAGCGUCUCUUCACAGCAGCUGAUUAACUGGAGUUGAUUCAAAAGCCUCUUCAUGCAGCAGAUAAUAUCAUCACAUCAACCACAGCUCACUCAAGAUCCCAGGAUUUUCCUCAGGAACACUUAACUCUUCAUCCUCUCUUUCUCUUCUUCUUCCCGCUCUUCCUCCGUCUGUUUCCGCUGAUGAGGCCGAUUAUCGCCUUUCUGCGUCUCGUCACUGUCCGUUAUAAAAACCUGCGGUUAAAUUUAGACGUCAAGGUUCCCGCUCUCUGUUUGUGUUUCUGCAGAGGCGCCCACCUGUUUGCUGAGCUGUCGAGAUAAAGCGGCUUCGUAAAAGACGAUUUUUACGGCUGUGUUGACGUUAAUGUGUUCGUGUGUGCGAUAAAUCUUGAGACUUUAAUGGGAGUGUCAUUUUUUUAAAGGAAAUUAAUCAGGAGUCCUCGCUUCAGAUGCAAAUUCACUCAGAGCCUCAUUUACCUAAAUAAGCCCCACCCCCAAAAUAAAAAAGAGAGGAAGUCAGAGGUCCUGAUGGCACAGCUGAGUGACCUUUGACCUUUUAAGGGAUGUCGUCAUCUCCAAAUUUAUCUAGAGCACGGAUUUAUCAGAGUGCUGUACAGUGACACAUAAAAACAAAUAAAACAAUCAAAGAACAAGAUAAAGCGAGCAGAAAUACAGUAAUGCAAAAGAAUAAAUAAGUGUAUAAAUAAGGAGGCUCACGGCAAGUGCUAAGAUGAUAAAAAACAAAUUAACACUACAAUGUACUAAAAGCCAAUGAGUAAAAGUGCGUUUUUAAAAGGGAUUUAAAAACAGGAAAUGAGGAGGCCUGUCUAAUUUUCAAGGGCAACUCAAGGGAUGUCAUCAUCUCCAAAUUUAUCCAGAACAAAAAUUUCUCAGACUGUCAAAAUGUGUUAAAAGAGAAGAAGAUAGAGGUAGGUAGGUAGGUAGGUAGGUAGAAGGGUAAGUACGAAAGGUAGGUGAGUAGGAAGGUAAGAAAGUAGAAAGGUAUGUAGGUAGGAAGGUAGUUAGGUAGGAAGGAAGUUAGAAAUGUAGGUAGGAAGGAAGAUAGGUAGUUAGGUUAGUAGGCAGACAGACAGACAGACAGACAGACAGACAGACAGACAGACAGAUAGAUAGAUAGAUAGAUAGACUCCGCCUUCUUCCAUCCAAAAACAUCUCCAGAUUUCGGCCCUUGACUUCUCCUCAUCACCUGCAGCCUUGAUUCCUGUCUGGGUUCUCACCCGGUACAAGUCCUUGCAGCACAUCACCUGGACUCUAAUCCACCUCCACUGGCUCCUGAUAAAAUCCAGCGGCAAAUACAAAAUACGACUUCUCAGCUAUAAAUAUCUCUACGACCUCACCCCUCAGUUCCUCUCUGACCCCCUUCACACAUAAACCCUUUCCUGGAACCUCCGGUCUUCGUCACUGCUCUGCUCUCCAUCCCAAAAUCCAGACUCCGUACAGACUCUGUUAUUGUUAUUUUUAUUAUUAUUAUUAUUAUUGUUAUUAUUAUUAUUAUUAUUAUUGUUGUUGUUGUUAUUGUUAUUGUUAUUAUUAUUAUUGUUAUUAUUAUUAUUAUUAUUAUUAAAGAGCAGUGAGUGAAAGUUGACCUAGUUCUUCCCUUUAAAUAAACCAGAUAGGUGUCCCUCAGGGGUCAAUCCUCGGUCCUCUGCUUUAAUGAGGCAGCUCAGACACUUACUGGAACACAAUCAACUCAGAUCAAUUAAAGUGUUUCUGUCUGUUUCUACAUCUGAUGACAGAGUUUAUCAGAUGUUUUAAAAUCCAGACAAAGAAUGAAAAAUUAGAGCAGGAGGAGGAAAGUUUGAAAAAGUGAAAGAAUACUUUUUAUUUCCAUGAGCAACACAUGAGUUUCUUUAUUUGUCUUAAAACUGCGCUGUUUGUACCAAAUGAAAUAAAUCCAAAUUUAGAGAUUUAAAAACCUUUGGCCACACAAAUCUGUUACUACUACUACUUCAUACUCGAGUCCAGAUUCACAUGUUCUCUGAAUUUUGAGAAAUUCCUCUUUAGAAUAUGAGAAAAACUUUCACCCUCAGGUAAAAAAAUUCAGUUUCCUCGACUCACUUCUUUUUUGCGUAAAUGUAAUAAAGGUAGUUCAGCUCCAGUUUUGAGUUUAGAUGAUCAGAAACAAAUCAGCUUUUGUUGUUGUUGAAUAAAUUAAGUGUCUAAUUCUGUAAUGAUUUGAGACAGAUGGAAGUUUACUAAACCAGAUUUCUGCAGAGAGAGAAAUGAGACAGAGAAAGGGAAGUGUGCUGAUGCCCGUCAGAGAAAACCCUCUCUCUCUCUCUCUCUCUCUCUCUCCUGCGUUCUGGUCGGUCGAGUCAAGUCGGCUCGCUGAAUAAUGAAGUCUGUCAAACCGUCGCUGACUUUCACACGUUGGCACGGUAACAAAGCCCCCUCCUCCUGUCUGCUCCGGCGGAGAGUUCUCUCCUCCGUUGGGAACUUGUUGUUUUAAAGAUGGACAGCAGAGCGAGGACACUCACAGCCAGACCGGCCUCCUGAGGACGCACAGACACGUUAACACUGCAGGACAGCUGGUACCAGAUUCACUGUUUGUGGGUCAGAACCGUUUUUCUAUCGCCGUAAAAGAAAAUGAUUGAAAACGAAUGAAAUCUUUGAAGCUUUUUAUGCAGCAAAGGCAAAAGUACUUUAUCAACUUGGAUAGUCCAGAGUUGUCUCACUGUCUCUAGCAGCCUGUAGAUGUGAGAGUGAAGAUGUGGUGUCCCCCAGGGUUCAACUCGAGGUCCUACUCAUUUUAACCUUCACAUGUUUUCUCUUGGAAAUCAGGAAACUAGGCGCCGACUUCAACAGCUAUGCAGACGACACACAGGUCUAUGUUACAGAGACUGCAUACUCAUGCCGACCGCAGUAUGAAGUAUAUACUGUAUACUGAGUACUGUGUUUGAUAGUAGUAUGUAGUAUGACUGCAGGUCAGCCGUUAUUUAGUAGUAUGGUUGGACUGGUUAAACUAGUUUCCAGUAUAGAAAACUGCAUCAUACUCUGGUAAAUUGCACCGACACUUCAGUGUUGCCCGUUUAUUUACACACCGAAAAAAAAAUCUUUUAUUUGUUUUAAUUUGAUUUUUUCUGGUUUUUUUAGCCCAGUACCAUCAAAACGUGUUCUGUCUCUGCAGUGACUCGUUGAUCUGGCGUCAUUUGAUUCUCAUCACGGCGCCGUAAACACAGCAAAGUUGUGUUGUUGGUUAUGUUGUCCUCGUUUCGCUUCAAUGAAAUAAGUUGUAAUUCUCACUAAACGUGUUAAAUGAUGGCGUCUGCGUGGUGUGGUCCUACCUACCUACCUACCUACCUACCUACCCUUCUACUUACCUUCCUACCUACCUACCUUGCUAUCUAUCUACCUAUCUACCUAAGUUCCUUCCUUCCUUCCUACCUACCUUUCUACUUACCUUCCGACCUACCUAUCUACCUUCCUACCUAUCGACCUACCUACAAGCUUAAACCUUUAGACCCCCUCUAAAACCAGCCGCCUGUCCAGCUGUGUGAUGCAAACAUCGCUGAUGGCGUGCGCUGUGAGUGGUCAACAUCAGGCGUACCGAACAGAAUAAGAGAAGAGGAGAGGCAGGAAAAUUUGAGGCGAUGGAAAUCGAGGAUAAAAACUGUACGGUAUGAUAACGAAACAUUCUUGUCAGUGGUUUUCAUACAUGAUGCUGAGAGAAGGCGGAGAAGACAGUUUUGCUGCUCUCCGCUAUUCCGCUAUUCUGCCAUCUGCCCAGGCACUUUGCAUUGUGGGUAAAGUAGGUAAAGCAGACUGGUCUGGUACAUACUGUGAAAUUCUCCUGAAUCAGAACAUCAUCUGAGUAUUUUUGGCAUUCUACAAAUUUCCCAUUUGUUUGUCAACUGUAUACUGAAUACUACAUUUUCGGCAAAUCAUUACGAACUGCUAGGAUAGCAGGCGAAUUCAGAAACGGCCCGCGUCUCCUGAUGACCCAGGACUAACUGAAACCCCCUUUUAAAUGUAUUUUAGAUGUAUCGUGGUUCAAAAAUUGGGGAAAAAAGGCUUCUGGGUAUCCUGCCCCCUCGGCCUGGAAUUAUCACAACAGACUGACUGAGGGUUUGUGGGUAAAUUUAGGCGUGUCUGAUACCUGGGCGAAUAAUCCAGACCGUUUUGAUCCCCCGAGCUCAUCCCUCCGCUGAUGAGAGUCUCCAGAGGCUCCGACAAUCACAACAACACUCUGCAUCCCUUUGUCUUCAUUUGGUUGAAGAUGUCGGCGCGUAGCUUCAUUUGCCGCCUCCAGCUCGCCGCCGAACACGUAGAGCGGGGAAUCGGAUUCUUUAAAGAGCUUCACACAAACAAGCUCCUCCGCUAAUGAAGGACAGCGGAUCUGAUUGCCUCGCUGUAAGGCAAAUUAAAUCACAGAGACGCAGCGCUGAGUGGGUGGACCGAGACACAAACUGGAAUGUGUUUACACGAGGAGAGAGUCAGCGUUCAUUAAAGCUACGAGAGCCGGAUCAGAGGAACAAAUGACGUUUAAUUAGCCCAGAGGAGCUUUACAGGCGGCGCCAUGUACAGAAUAUGUAGAGGAUCUCAUUGUGAUGCACAAAGAGCCGGGAUGAGGGUUUCACCGAGAUCCUGCGCCCUCUCUGAUGUCUCCGUGCAAAGAUGGAGAGGCUUUUAGAGGCGGCGGUGGAGAUGGAUACGACCUCCUGAGAGGAAACAGACGUUUUAACCUGACAGGCACGUUUUCUUAGAUUUACUCCUCACACCGGGGUUCAGACUGGAGGAUGAGGACACAAACACACCUUAGUAACAGGUGGAACUCUCUCCAGAUGAAUGAUCCUGUUAGUGUGAAUGAAGCAACAGAAACUAAAGAUAUGUGAGUUAACUGUAUUCACUUGAUAAGAUGAUGAAGUUAAGCGUCGCUCUCUUUGUUUAACUGCUCGUGCUUUUUUCAUAUUUUUUGAUAACAAAUUUUAUUCCCGAUUAAUUUCUCUGAAAACUUAAUUUUUGAUUUUUUAUUCAGUGACGACUUCACUAAACUUCACUUUAAAAAUAAAAAGUUUUUCUUUCAUCUCUCAAAAUGAAACCAUUGAAAACGAUGUAGUGCAUAUGCCACAUCAGCAAGUGGCGCUGUAACACUGUCCAGCAUGGUUUUGAAGGUUGUUCUUGCCGGACAAGCGCAGGCGCCAUAAAAGAGUUAUUCUGUGUGUCACAUGAUCGUUUCCAGAGAUGCAGAUAGACAUCCACACGGAGAUGAAAUGGUCGUCGUUUACAGAUUUAUUCACUCUCUGACCUGUUUUUAAAAAGUACCGUUUACAGUCACCUGAAACGCCGAUACGACAAAAAACUUUAGUGUUUCCAUGGUGACGGGUUGAUACCGCCUUCAGACAGACUUUACAGCGGGGAGUGGUUUACUCUUCAUCUGAAACUGUGAAGUCGUACCAAUUCAACACGACUGACUCGCUCUUGUCCUUAUUAACCAUGAGAUCAUGGUCUUCUUUGCAAACGCCAUGUUUGUUUACACUGGUGUGUGUGGAAACUGGGGAAGGCGGAGCCUAUGGUGGCCUGGAGGCAUGAGACAUGAUAGAGAGGAAAAUCGAUUUGAGGGUUUGAAUCUUUUAAACAUCGUCAUAGUCAAAUAAUCCAAUAACGAUUUAGCCGAGGCCGAUGAUACCCCUAAUUUUAACUCUAUAACCAAUGAGGGUUCUUUCGCUGUUACAGUGAACCCCCGGUGGACACUCAAGGAACUGCACUUUCAUGCACGUCCAUCUUAAUGUCCUCAUUUUUCAACAGCUCGUUAGAAACUGUUAAUAUUGACUUUAUUUGACGUCCGUCCUCCAAUCACAGUAAACGGUUCGGGGUAAUUUAUCUGAGAAGCUGUUAGUCCUGCAGAGGAAACACAGAACACGAUAUAAAUCCUCUGUCGUCCGUCUGAAACACCCUGAGGAGAGAAACUCGAGGGGGACUUUUAACAUCUCUUCUUUCCCAUGAAAUUGAAAAUAAGAUUGAAGCUCUGUCUCAUAUUUGAAGGAGCUGCAUCUUUGUGAUAUUAAUGAGACGACUCCUGGCUCGUUUUUUGGCUCUGGAAGAAGAGAAAUAAAUAGAAACGCAGCUCAUUGUUUCUCAUCACAAGCUGUAAUUCAUCAUAAAGCAAUUAUGUUAGAAACAAGGCCGCCUGCUUUCCUCUUUACUCCCAGCUGCAGUGUUUGUCAUGGGAACAGCAGAUAACACACACACACACACACACACACACACACACCUCUGAUAAGUGAGGACUCUGUUUGCUGUUGUUGUGGAGCAGUAAUGUGAUUUAAACUGAUGUGUUACAAACAAACAGCCGAACGCCGCUCCGCUCCCUGCCUGAGUUUAUGUCGGUGUUUUAUUCUUCGAGAUGACGGUAAUGUGCUGCAGACAGUCGGGUUUUUAAGACCCGACAACCGCCGAGAGUGUGAAUCUCACAGAUGACAUUAAAUCGAGGUUUAGUCAGGACCGACUUACAUGCAACAGUUAUUAUGGAGGUUCGACUCCCCAGAGCAGAGCUGAUACACGACACAAGUACGAUCGGACCAACUCUGAUAUUAGCCAAUGGGACGUCUGCUGUCGUUAGGAUCAGCUGAUGUACUGUGGGCUUGACUUAAAGGGAUAGUCCCAGACAUAGUACUAGACACCAAACAUCUUUUUAACUUUGACUAAUUAGACUAAACACAACUCACCUACUCUCUUCCAGCAGACGCUUGUUUGUACAGAGACCUCAGGCCAGUCCAUUACGGACUACAGCGGGGUGACGUAGCUCAAGGAAGAACAUUGAUGAUCAUUUCUUUAUCAUGUCAGAAUGUGGUUUGGGAUCAUAUGAAGGUCUUCUCUCGAUGGACGCAGAUGUUCCUCCUAAACCUGGAGAUGUUGUUUAAAACUGAGGACACAGCAUCUAUGAUUUCCAGUUCUACGUUGAAAGGACAACUGGAGUCCAGUUGUCCUUCCCAAAAGAGUGUUACAUUUCUUGCUAAUUUCUUUAGCAAAGAGACUAAACACAACUCACCUACUCUCUUCCAGCAGCCGCUUGUUUGUAGCGAGACCUCAGGCCAGUCCAUUACAGACUACAGCGGGGUGCCGCAGCUCAAGGAAGAACAUUUAUGAUCAUUUCUUUGUCAUUUCCUUGAAGUAAUAAUCACCAUAUUCAUCAUUUUCUCUGCAGACGCGGUAGUUCUUCUGUCGGCAGUAGCUUAGGGGGUAGAGCAGUCGGCCAAUAACUGAAAGGUUGGCGGUUCAAUUCCCCCCUAUCCUGAGUCUGUCCAUUGUGUCCUUGGGUAAGACACUUUACCCACCUUGCUCCCAGUGUGUACGAACAAGCGUCUGCUGGAAGAGAGUAGGUGAGUUGUGUUUAGUCUCUUUGCUAAAGAAAUGAGUCAAAGUUAAAAAGAUGUUUGGUGUCUAGUACUAUGUCUGUGACCCUAUAUGUCCUGUUGAUGAAGUUAGGUGCUGUUCUGAGCAUUAUUUGUGGCUAUAGAGUGGCGUUUUGGUUGGGGGCGUGUCUCUCUGUAUUUCUAUCCUGCGGUCGUUACUAAAGUUGGUAUAACUAGAGAAGGAAGCGGUCGACAACAUUCAUCUCUUUAAAUUAAUUUUAUGCCAGAAUGUCCCUUUAAGAAUUAAACAGACUGAAGAAAUCUAAAACUAAGAGUCAAAAAAACUUCAGAGUAAGUUUCAUUAAGUCCCAAAUUUAGACCAAAUGAAAGAAAAACUCAAACCUCAAAAGUCGCUCUGUUUCUGCUCCACGUGUUUCUGAAAUCUCCUGAUUCGUCCUCGUCUCUGUUUUCUGUCUGUUUAAACAUCUGGCUGUGAUUUAAAAACCCUCCCAUUGUGGGUCAGAAGAGAGCGAUGCGUGACAGGUGCUGCCUUCUGAUCCUCUUCCUGUAAUUGAUCCCAUUGGGCCGUCUGUCCGCUGCGAGAGCCAAUCAGAGCGCAGUUUAAACUGCGUGGCCUGCAGCUGCUUUUGUGAAGCUGACAGCAGGAGACGGAGAGUGUUUGAAGAUAUCCAGACUCACACCAGCAGCUCUGAAGAGCAGGUGUGCUUUCAGGUGUGAUCUGUGAGGGGUUUCCUGUUGCUAGGUGACGAUAAAACGAGCUGAGGAGAAACCGAUGAAUCAGUGCGACUGAUUGAUAAGUGCUAAAAUAAUCGGCAUCAGCUGGUUAAACGGAGGAAAAUCCACGGCUUUGAAAACUUUGAAACCGUCAGGACUGAAAUCUGUUGGCUGGAUAUUCGACUGAAGGUUCGAGCUUUUACUCAAACAAACCAAGAAACUCGAUAAAAGGGUGAAGGCUAAAAACCUGAACAAGAGCAGGGAAGGCUGAACGAACCAAGAGCCCAGACACGCAGAGGCCGUGGUCCUGGUUUCAGCUGGUUCAGUUCCUUUGCUGCAUGUCCAACCGAAUGAAGACGAAAAUAUGAUCAAACACAAAACAGUGAAGUUUUUAAGGACAGCUGUUCUUCAAACUACCUCAAAUACUCAAAAGAAACUCGUUCGCACCACCUAACUUUGUUAGCGUCUGGUACUUCCGCACUCUGUACUGGGUUCUCAGAUCCUCCUGGACUGUUACCCCCAAUUUUCACCACAUCGGAACUGCAACGAAAAGGCCGUAAGCGCAGAUCGUAGCUGAUCGUAACCUUUUAAGUUAACGUGUCAAUUUACACCAACUUCUUUCCGUUCCUCUGCGGAUCGCCGGACUCCUCAGCUGAUCACAAGAGUUCUAUUUUUAUCGGACGCCGGAGCAUGGCGGAUAAAUUCAGCACAGAUUAACCCGUGCUGGAAAGGAAGUCGGGCACAGACACAAAAUAAAACAUCCGGCUUCUUUUCAAAAUAAAACAUCCGGCUUCUUUGGCCACCAUGCAAGUGUGGGCAGGAACGAACAAGUGUAAGGUUUUUAGACGUCAUUUCACCCCGAUGACACCAUGGAUGAGGAGAUGCUGAUUCUAGAAGUCUAGAAGUAGAUUUCCUCCUCUGGAAGGACACAAUCUACUGCUUAUAUGUCUAUGUGUCUGUCUUUAUAGAGACAACUUGAUAUCACACGUGAAUCCGCGGGUUCUUGUGAGUUCUCGUGAUUACCGCUGUCUGAAAUUCACCAUGAAAUCACCUCACAAACGGAUACAGUAGGAAUUGGCGGAUGGCAAAAAUUGCUGCCAUUCCGGAUGUGGUGGAAAUUGGGGGUUAGAGGUCGUCCACUGCCUCCAAAGAAAACUACGAUCUUGUCAAACUGUGAGCCUGUUUCAUAAACCCGUUUAUUUUCAUCGAGUUCAUGCAAAGUAAGAAGAGCUGCCUGUAGAUCUGUGCACCUGGACUAAAAACCAUCUCUGUUCUUUGUUGCUGUUGUCGUAAACUUUGUGGUAGACUUCCCUGUUUCUAAGUUAUGUCGACGUUGAACAGUAAUUUGUUUUUCUAUCAACAACAACAACAACAACAACAGAACGUUUAACGAAACAUCUUCAUGGUGUUUUUUAUCCUAGACUUGACUUUAAAAAUCACGAUGGUUGCUUCAGUAACUCUACUUUGGCGAUUUUUGUUUGUAUUUCUUAAACUUUUGUGUUUUUUUUCCGUUGAUGUUUCACAAAAACAAAAGAGAGUAAGAGUUUCACCAUCUCCUACUUUCACUAAAGAAACCCUCUUUGCUGUCUGACAGCGGUAUAAAUCAGGUCUUGGUGGUUGUGUUUGGAUUGGGCCCCGUCUCUGACCCUCGUUUUGUUUCUCUGGUACAUCGUUGUUCCCGUGGACGCUCUUAUUUUCCUGACCUUGAGAUUUGUUUUGUUGCUCGCUGCACCGCGGCCCUGAAAGGUUUGUUUCGUGAGCUUCACCUUCUACCUCUGACGGCCUCAGGAUCGAGGUAACCUUUUGAAACCUCUUGACACGUUUGACGCUUUGACCUGUCUCAGAUCUUUAUGAAGAAAUAAAACAAUAAUCCCACCAUUAAAACUCACAGAAUCGUUCAUUUCCUGAGUCUCAUUUGCACUAAACGUGACGUGUAAGUUUUUAAAAGAGUCAAACACGUGAGACGGUUCAGUUUGAGUCUUUCGGGGUGUAGAGUUUCACUCCCUCGCAGCUUAAAGUGCUGAACAUUUAAUUUCUGGCGUUGGUUGGUACAUGAUCAUUACAGUCUGUGGAGCGGGGGGGUAAUUUGCCGUUGCAAAGGUGUAAUCAGGCGUCGCAGCAGAAAGCAGAACUGUUUUGUGCCUCGCUGCGUCGGCUCGUCUGGAGUCUUUUUAUUAUUCUGUUAUUGUGUUUUCUCCUCCUCCUUCUAAACGUCCUUGAAAAGCGCUCCUGACUUUACCUGUCCGCAUGUUUCUGCAUGUUUCUGUGUCGCAGCCUCUUGUCUGGGCGGAAAAGAACCCGCAGUGGUUCAUGGGAUUUAUUUUUGGACGCACCGGGAGAAAAAGACAGAGGAACAAAUCACAGUCCGCUCAAUCAGACAGAAAUCCAAUUCUCCUUGGGGAGGAGGUGAACGUGAACACGGCAGGAUGCAAAUCCAGGGACUGAAUAUCCUGUAAAGUGUUUUUCUCAGAGAGGAGAUCACAGCUGCUUGUUCUCACCUUGUUUCCUGCUCAGAUGGAAACUCUCAGGGGUCAGUUUGACGGGAACCUCGCUGUAAAGUGUCACGAAUCAUCACGGUUUCUUUUGUCCGGAGAGUCGGCGCCGCGGCCCGUCCUAAAGCGGGACUCCUUUGUGUCAAAUAUUCCGACAGAAGCUGCUCGCUCAAAGAGGAGGCAAAUGUCAGCAGCUGCAGAUCUGAUGAGCUGUAGAUGAUUAAUGAUAAUUAAUGAGCUCUCUGCAGCUGGUUGUUUGUGCUCAUUUAUUGUCUGAGCGAACAGUAAACACUGAGUGAUACACCGUGAACGCGCUCCUCUCACUCACUUCAUUAUUUUCAGAACAAUGCUCUGAUAACGUCUCGGGCUUUCACUCCGUUGUUUCUCUGUGAGACGAUGGAAGUCAGUUUAUCCCCACAGAGGGAACCUUUGAUCAGACGUCCGAGUAAAUAACACGACGGACACAAAGACGAGUCCACGUCUGAGACUGCUCUCAUCGUACUUCUGAGGAGAAUCGUUCACAACAGUCAGAACGUUUACAUGACACUCGAGAAAACCGAAUUAUCGCCUUAUUCCGAUUAAGACCAGACAACUGAAGGUCAUGUAAUCCGACUAUAAUCGGAGUUUGAGAACGCAGAUUAAGACACCCAGAUGAUCGACUGGAAUUCGAUUUUCUCUACCAUGUAACCAGCGUAGUCGGAGUCUGAUUGGACAAUCCAUGAGUGCCACGCCCCCGUAACCCCGGAGCAAAAACACCAGAGAAGAAGCUGUGCGUUCUUGCAGCCUCUCGACUUGAUUCGCCGAGGGUUGAAUGAUCUGAAGUGAGCAGCGUGGAGAUCCUCUGGUGACGUUUUGAAGCAAACCAGCUGGAUUAAAGGGAUAUUCCGGCGUAAAAUUAAUUUAUGGUCAAACCCACCGUAACACCGAGUUAGACCCCCAAUCGAGAGAUGAAUGUUGUCGACCGCUUGCUUCUCUAGUUAUACCAACUUUAGUAACGACCACAGGAUAGAAAUACAGAGAGCCACGCCCCCAACCAAAACGCCAAUCUAUAGCCACAAAUAAUGCUCAGAACAGCACCUAACUUCAUCAACAGGACAUAUAGGGUCACAGACAUAGUACUAGCCACCAAACAUCUUUUUAACUUUGACUCAUUUCUUUAACAAAGAGACUAAACACAACUCACCUACUCUCUAUCGACUACAGCGGGGUGCCGCAGCUCAAGGAAGAACAUUUAUGAUCAUUUCUUUAUCAUUUCCUUGAAGUAAUAAUCACCAUAUUAAUUAUUUUACAGACGCGGUAGUUCUUCUGCCUCAGUGUCUCAGUCUGAUUGUAUUUCCAUGAAGAAAGAGUUGGGUCUUUUCCCAGGACGUCCGACACCCGACCACAUAGACAGGUUUAUAUAAUCAAUAAGAACAAGCAUGAAGAAAACUGAACUCUUUUUCUUUUCUGCAGCAGGAAGUCAUUCCAGUCUCGGUCUGUUUGACUUAAACCACUUUUAGGCCUCUGUAAAUUCAGCCGCUUUAUGCUCCUCUCAGUUACAUCAGAUCAGAAAUGUUUUUGUCAUCGAUGAGUAAUCAAUAAUCAUCACUGAUCGAUCACAGAGAAUCCUUUGAGUUUGGAUCUUUACUUUUGAUACUAAAGGAGGAAGUUUGAAGAAAUGAAGGUUAAAUUUAUGAUCAGAUUUACAGAUGGAGCUCUGCCUGCAGUCGUUUGAGGACAGGUGUGUGUUUUUUUCACCAUGAGAGAAGCUGCUGUGUGUAAUUAGACUGAAAGUGAAAGUGGGCGGCUGAUUAUAUGUUCUGUGAUCGAGUUGACUUCAGUCUGAGGACGAGCGCGGCGAAUUACAGCGGCGGUUAAAGCGUGGACCGACGUUUGGCGUGUGCGCUCUGACAGCAGGAGUUUGAGCCGCACGUUCGGAAUGUUGCAGACACGCCCUCACCUCCAUGUUUAAUCAGCUGUGAGCGCUGCGUUUAGGGACGGCGGUCUGAAUGUUGAUGCAGUUCCGGGGUGAUGUAUGGUUCUCGGUGUAAUCCGCCUCGUCCUUGUCUGACUCCUCCGGCUCUGUUAGGAUUCCAGCAGCAGUCAAACAGGAUGGACAUGAAUAAUUCAGAGGUGAGCGGCGCAGAGGUGCCGCCGUUCCCGCUGCCGCCGCCGCCGUUUCUUCUUCUGCUUCUUGUGAGUCUUCACCUGGAAGCAAUUACAGAGAGCUCCGGCUCCACAGAGGGGACAGAGAUGAAGUGUCCCCACAUGUCUCCAGAGCUUUCUGUUUUUAAUCAGAGUCCUGGAGCCUUCAGGAGGACAUGUCUGAGGUUCGAGAGACGGAGGCUGUACGUGUGGGAGGAGCUACUGUCAAGUAAAGUGACUUCAGUUUGGUGAUGAUGCAGGAGAAGGUAAAGACACCAACCAGACGAAAUUUCCAAAGGGAGCUAACUGAUUGGCUGUCGACUUGUAAGAAUUAAAGCAUCAGAGAAUUUUACCGUUAACAAAGUUUGUCGUCAAUAUAAAAAGUUUCUUCGUUUUAGUUUUGAGAGCUCAACUCCUCUGCCGUGACUCUACAGGAGCCCAGAAAGGACAAACUAAGAAAGCUCUAAGCUAACUCCGCUCUUUAAAGGGAUAUUCUGACAUAAAAUUAAUUUAUGGUUAAACACAGCGCAACACCAAUUAGACAUCCUCUCCAGAGAUGAAUGUUGUCGACCGCUUGCUUCUCUAGUUAUACCAACUUUAGUAACGACCGCAGGAUAGCAAUACAGAGAGCCACGCCCCCAACCAAAACACCACUCUAUAACCACAAAUAAUGCUCAGAACAGCACCUAACUUCAUCAACAGGACAUAUAGGGUCACAGACAUAGUACUAGACACCAAACAUCUUUGUAACUUUGACUCAUUUCUUUAGAGACUAAACACAACUCACCUACUCUCUAUCAACUACAGCGGGGUGACGCAGCCCAAGGAAGAACAUUUAUGAUUAUUUCUUUAUCAUUUCCUUGAAGUAAUAAUCAUCAUAUUGAUCAUUUUGCAGACGCGGUCGUUCUUCUGCCUUGGUGUCUCGGUCUGAUUGUAUUUCCAUGAAGAAAUUAUCAUAAAUGUUCUUCCUUGAGCUGCGUCACCCCGCUGUAGUCUGUAAUGGACUGGCCUGAGGUCUCACUACAAACAAGCGUCUGCUGGAAGAGAGUAGGUGAGUUGUGUUUAGUCUCUUUACUAAAGAAAUGAGUCAAAGUUAAAAAGAUGUUUGGUGUCUAGUACUAUGUCUGUGACCCUAUAUGUUCUGUUGAUGAAGUUAGGUGCUGUUCUGAGCAUUAUUUGUGGCUAUAGAGUGGCGUUUUGGUUGGGGGCGUGGCUCUCUGUAUUACUAUCCUGCGGUCGUUACUAAAGUUGGUAUAACUAGAGAAGGAAGCGGUCGACAACAUUCAUCUCUGGAGGGGGGGUCUAACUCGGUGUUACGUGUGUUAAACCCUAAAUUAAAUUUGCGCCGGAGUAUCCCUUUAACUUGUUGAGGUCUGCAGAGGAGGUUUGGAGCAGACAAGAAAAAACGUAAAAGUUUCCAGUCCUACAGUUUAUUAGAAAAGGUAUCUCAGAUCCUUCAGGCUGUUGUUUCUUCUGUUUGGAGGAUUCUGAAUCCAUAUUUGCGAUCUUCGCGGACGCACAGCGAGUCACUGAUAUUUUUGCGUCUCAGUUUUGCUGACGAUGUUUCACAGAUAAAUUAGUUUAGAUACAUGAUGGAGUUUGACGUCCUGCUCAGAGGCUGUGUGUCUCAAACUGGAUCAGUUUACAGUUUCUCCAAAAUAAUAACAAUAAAGAUAAAAUUACUGGAGGUUGAAUCUGCAGAUUCAGCCGCUCGUUCUUUGUCGGAUCUUUUCUACAUAAACUAAAAAGAAACACUAAUAAUCGGGUUGAGUAUUUGCUGUUGUUUGUGCUCAUUAAUGAAGGAGGACUGAGAUGAUGAGGUUUAUGUCUGAACGUCUUUGAGUGUUUUCUGGAGCUUCAUUGUCAAACUUUCAAACUCAAAGAAAAUGAAGUACCUCCGUCAGCUCGCACUUUGUUGUUCUUCGGUGAUUUUCCUCUGUGUUCGGCGCUCUGUAGUCGAUAUUUCAGCUGCUUGUUACCUCCUCCCUCAGCGUCUCUAACACGCAGAGCCGUGUUGUUGAAUAAAUUCCCGUUCUGUCAGAGACUCUGUAUUCAGCCUGAGUUCCAGCUCAGCUGCUUUAAUUGGAUGAAGGAGUGUGUGGGUUUUAAUUCGGCAGUCUGUGUGAGGCUCCUUUUCUCUAAUGAAGCCCGGCCGAGUCGCACAGGUCGAGACGCUGACCGACACCAGCUGGAAGGAAGAAAAACUCGACGCUGAGGAGAAACUGAGAUUUUAAUUAACCGCUCACAAUCAAUAGACCUAUUUUUAUGCUUUUUAUGUGAAGCUUUUUUUCUGUUUUCAUUCAUAGCAGCCUUUUUUUUAUGGUUUGAACGAGUGCGUGCUGAACCACCUCACCGUUCAUCCUCCUGAUUUAAUGUGCCUGUUGUAUUUGGCUUUUCUGAGGUUGUGGAUCCGCAGAAAGAGAUUCGUCCAAAACUGCUCCGUGGUCUUUGAGUCUGACUCGUCGAGGCAUCGCCAACCAUCAACAUCUGAGCUUAUUAACACUUCGAUUGAGUCUCCCGGAUCCUUUAACGCUGCACAGAGUCACGUUUUGAUCAGAUCCCUCCUGAGCAAACACACGUCCGUUAUUAGGACUGAAAUCUAAACCUUCCUACAAACUCUGGGGGGAAAAUGUUCAUUUUCAAACUGUUACGAGCCAAUCGAACCCUCAUUAGUCUACCAGCAUACCUGAAGCAGCUCACUGCAGGAUCCAGCAGAGGGCGCUGUCAUCGAAACACAGCGGACAAUCACAGCAUUAGCAACUCUUCAUUAUAAGCUAGCUGCUGUUGUGCGUAGAGCGUCAGGUAAAGGUACACAGUAAAUUUCACAGUGUUAGAUAUGCAGUGUUAAAGUUCAUUGACCCUUUCAGAGUUAUUACGACAACAGAUUGAGUAGAUCGCCCCCUAGUGUUGGUGAAAAUUUCCGCAGUUAAAAUACGCAGUAUUGAUUUUACUCUGGAAAGCCCCGCCCACCAUUUCCUGUUCAGAUACCAGGUCAAGAAAAAAUCAAAUUCCUGAGUACAGAUUACACCAAUCACCACGUUUUUCUGGAGUCUGCACACGUGCAACGAUGUAAACAGACUCUAUUUUCACUACGCUCAGUUCUACGAAAAAAGUUGUCUCAUAACCCGCCGGUCCUCAGAGCCAGAGAUGAAUGACUUUUUAUUAUUCACCACUUUGAUUCUCAUUAAAUACGCAGAAAAAAAACGUCAAAGAAAAAGACUUUUGCUUUUUAAACUUCAUCUGCAGCUCAAAAUCAUUCCUAGCUUUGAACACUUCAGAACCGCUAAAAUACUGAUGAACGCCGAAACACGUUUCGCUUCAUGUCUGUCUUACUGGAUUUGAGGUUAAAGAGUCAAAAGUCUGUUUUUGGAUGUUUCUGAUAAUCGAUCUGAUUGAAUUCAUCAAUUUCCUCUUUUUUCACACUUUGACUGUUUAUAUCAAUUCUUUGCAGACGACAAACUUCAGAGUACAUUUUUUUUUCUUAAAGGGAUACUCCGGUGUAAAAUUAAUUUAUGGUCAAACCCACCGUAACACCGAGUUAGACCCCCCCUCCAGAGAUGAAUGUUGUCGACCGCUUCCUUCUCUUGUUAUACCAACUUUAGUAACGACCGCAGGAUAGAAAUACAGAGAGCCACGCCCCCAACCAAAACGCCACUCUAUAGCCACAAAUAAUGCUCAGAACAGCACCUAACUUCAUCAACAGGACAUAUAGGGUCACAGCCAUAGUACUAGACACCAAACAUCUUUUUAACUUUGACUCAUUUCUUUAGCAAAGAGACUAAACACAACUCACCUACUCUCUUCCAGCAGCUGUUUGUUUGUACGAGUCGAUUACCGACUACAGCGGAGUUUCGCAGCUCAAGGAAGAACAUUUAUGAUCAUUUCUUCAUGGAAAUACAAUCAGACCGAGACGCUAAGACAGAAGAACUACCGCGUCUGUAAAAUUAUUAAUAUGGUGAUUAUUACUUAAAGGAAAUGAUAAAGAAAUGAUCAUAAAUGUUCUUCCUUGAGCUGCAGCACCCCACUGUAGUCGGUAAUCGACUCGUACAAACAAGCAGCUGCUGGAAGAGAGUAGGUGAGUUGUGUUUAGUCUCUUUGUUAAAGAAAUGAGUCAAAGUUAAAAAUAUGUUUGGUGUCUAGUUCUAUGUCUGUGACCCUAUAUGUCCUGUUGAUGAAGUUAGGUGCUGUUCUGAGCAUUAUUUGUGGCUAUAGAGUGGCGUUUUGGUUGAGGGCGUGGCUCUCUGUAUUUCUAUCCUGCGGUCGUUACUAAAGUUGGUAUAACUAGAGAAGCAAGAGGUCGGCAACAUUCAUCUCUGAGGCGGGGUCUAACUCAGUGUUACGGUGUGUUUGACCUUAACUUAAUUUCACGCCGGAAUAUCCCUUUAAAGCGUUUCUUUAUGACGUCUUUUAAAGGGAUGUUUUAUCGUUCUUUCUCUCCGGCUCUUUUAUAUCUGAAUGUUUUCUCCUGAAAGUUUGAGUCCGAUCCUCUCCUAACGCUCCUCUGUUUCCGUCCUCCAGGUCUCCUGACAGCGGCGGCAGGAACAGACGCUCCCCAGAGAGAGACCGCUUCCCAUCGUCCAUCGCCCAUCAUCGCCAAGCGGACCAUCCUCCGCCGCAGCAUCAGCCGCUAUCAGAGCCACGGGGGCGAGACGACCACACUCCCUGCUUCACGCAUGGCGGGUGACCUGUGUAGGCUGAGGAGGGGGGAGGAGAAAAAAGAGGGACUCGUUUUUCAGAGAGGCGGAUCACGUCAUGCUGCUGGAUCGAUGGCUUUUGUUUGGCACAAAACUCUGUCUCGUUUUUACAGACCAAAGAUGAACAGAGACGAUGACGACGAUAGGACGUUUAAAGAGGGGCAGAGACUUCCAGAAGCUUCCCCUCCACAUGACCACCGAGAAACAUGUAAAGAAACAAAAACACAUUGUGAUAUGAAACCGUCAGAGACUUCCACUGAGCAGAGUCGUCAUGUACAUGAGUCAAAGAUAAAACCUGCGUCUGUCUGAGGAGAUGGAGCUGUCGGUGUUUGUGUCGGGACGGUACAGCUGUUCAUGCGCCGAGCGUCAGCCGGGCGGAGGAGGUGAGAAAUCAUUCAAGACGUUUUUAUGAUGAGAACAUAAAACUUUGUGCACCAGAGGACAUCAUUUAGAGAUGAGAGGCAAAGCAAGAAAAACAGCCGACAUGGCAACCAGAUGAAUGUCCACAAGGGUAGACGUAAAUUAACUCUUCACGCAGUUUACAGACGAAAACAGACGAUGGAGGCGCGCCGAAGAAACUCCAUUUUGAACUAAUAAUAUACUAUAGAUGAGCGUUUCCUCUACUUUUACACAACUGGGUUAAAAUAUGAGAUUAAAGUCUGCUGAGAGCCAAAAAGUUCAUGAAUGAGCAUCCGAAGGGUCUCUCCAGCAGCCUCACGCUACGAUCUGAUCACGACAUUUCAGUCAUUCUGAUUCUGACAAUAAUGAGUCCUUAAAUUUAACCAAACAUGACCUAAAGAUGAUCAAAUCUGUUCACAUAUAAGUGCAGAAACCCCGUACACAAGCACGCCAGACCAGCAGGUGACCAUGAUAAGUAUGAAGGUUGUCACGAUAGAGACGCCCAGAUUAAAGGUGUUGUAGUCAGGAUCUGAGGAAGUUCCAGUUUUUAGGAGAAAUCUUGAAUGUAAACUCUACCCCUCCAACCAGUUUUCCCCUCAGCUCCUCCUCUCCCCUCAAGCCCCGCCCACAAACAGACGCUCCUGCUCGCUCGUAUCGUUCCAGUUAAAUUCAGAUAUAAUGCAGAUAAAUCCUUCAGAUCAUUACAAAUGGGGCCCAGUCAAGGUGAAAGUCAAAAGCAUUGGUGCUACUGUAGAUGCCAACAGACUACCAGCAAACACAAUGUUUGCAGGACUUCUACAACGAGGAUAAAGUGACAUAGUCCAGGACCUGAGGGAGGACAGUUUAGCGAUGGAGCUACAACACGCUACAGCAGGUCCGUUUGACAAGAAACACUUCUGUUACAGACACUUGUCUUACUUUGUUAAAGCGGUUUACCUGUCCAGCAGAAAGGUUACAGGGUCACCAAGAUCCCCAAGCGUCCCCCAUCGUUUAUGUUGACCCGGCUUUUUAGCUCUUGUCCGGUCUACCUCCGUUUUAAGCGCCCGUUAUUCCUCCAGAGUCUCCGGUAUUUACUUUGUUUUCUUGCUUGUGUCGGCAGUCGUGGCCAAAGGAGGAUUCAGACAAUUUUCCGAACUUUCUGGUUGGUUUCUACUGUCCGAUAUUGUAGCACGCUAACUUUGUUUGGGCUCCUGAAUGACACGGGGGAGCAGCGUCCGCCUCACAACCAAUCAGGUUAGAGGAGGUGGAGAACGGCUUUGUUUACAGUCAGAAAGAGCGGACCGCUCAAAAAUGUUCAAAUGUUGACGACACAGACAUAAGAGAACACAGAGAUAUCGAUAUAUUACCAAAUGUCAUCAAUAACUAAUAACUAUUGACUGAUAUUAGAAGAGUUUCUGUAUAUAAACCUAAAAAAGAAGUUUCUUUAACAGAUUCCUGCCUCACCUUUAAAACACGUUCGCAGGCGUCGACUGUUUCCCGGUUACCGGAGUCGUUCGGCUGAGUUUGUAUUUGGUUCAAAAAGCCCCAAGUGGACACUCAUGGAACUGCAAGAUUUUAGCACUUCCACAUCUGCCCCUCGGUUGUCCCACAACACUCAUGCGUCCCUUCAGCGGUGACUGACAGGUCCGUUUUAAAAUACUUCGUUAAAACUUCGUAUUUAUUUCCGGUCUCUUAGAAAUCAUCACAGAGUUUAAGAAGACCUGGAAAAUCGUCCGUCGAUUAAACAAGUACGAACACUUUCCCGCCCUUAUCGAGCUUUGCCGUUGUUGAAGAUGACGAUGUCAAAAUAGGUCCCGCCCCCUCUUGAUUCUGAUUGGUUGAUGGUCAGAAAGCAACAUCCAAAAGUAGAACUGUUUGUAACUGAGCGUGCAGAUAACACCAGGGAACAAGGGAGCCGGUGAAGCUGGGUCGAGCAUGCUCAGAUGGUAGGACCCAGAAUUCCCUGAGGUUAUUACGCCUGUCUGGCCCGGGAACGCCGUGGACUAGCAGAGGCGUGUCGAGGACAACUUGCCGAACUCCUGAUAGACAGAGGAGAAAAACAGGAGCUGAACGCUUGUAUAGAUUAUACCACAGCCCACCAGCAGGGGGAGCUCUGAAUGUUUGGGCUCCACAGUUCAUGGAGCACAGAAGCGACACUCGGUUUCUUUCUGUGACGCCUCUGCCUCUAAAUUCACGUGAUCGACGUACGAGCUGAUAUAGAAAACCUAAAACUAGAUUUCCACUCACGCGUCUCUCAGCUUUAAAAUCUUCGACAAAGAGUUCGGUGUCCGUGCACAAAGUUGAACUUUCUCAUCAUGGAAGCUGCGGCUCUCUGAAUGAUUCCUGUCUCCUCUCCACUGGACCACAUUAUGCAUUGAAUCAAGUUUUACAUUUGCAGAGCCACAUCCGAGCAGCCCGCAGUCAGGAUGGGAGUUUUUAAUUAAACACGGAGAAAGAAACCAUUUCACACUCGAGGCCAAGCUGUCAGUUCUGUUUUGGGGGAAAAGAAGCAUUAAAUGUAUUUUCAGAGUCAUAAAGUUCUAUAUUUAAAUAUUUUAUAUGUUGUAUCUUUGUAGAAAAUAUUAUUUAACGAUCAUGUCGCUCUUCAUAAACCGGCUCGACAGCCGGCUCCUGGAGUCUGAACCUCGCUGCUUCUCAAAGCUCUCUUACGGUUUCUGACAGUCGCACUGUUUCUCAGCAGGCACGCAGGAAGAGUUUUUAAUGCUUCUCUCUGUUAUAAAGCAUUUAUAAGUCGUAGCUAAUGGUUUUAUUAAUUGUUAAUUAUGAUUGUUAAUAAAUAAUCUUAAGAGCUAAGAGGGAAAAACCCACAGUCAGGGCGGAGGAAACCCUUAUGGGGGAAUUUUUAAAGCAGAAAAGUUCAGGAAAAAAAAGGAGAAGAAAUCAUCGGCUAAAACUUAUAAAUGCUGUCUAAAGAGGAAGCUGCAUUGAGUAGGUUAUGAACACCAAAUCCCAGAAUGCAGUUUGUCUGUAGGUCAUUGCCUUAUUCAUGUCUGUCAAUAUCAAACGGAGGAGAAAAACUCACGUCUCUGUUCUGAUGCUCCGCCGUGAUAAACGUUAUUUUUCAUUAAACUGAAAAAAACGAGUCUGUUUGUCAUCUGAACGUUUCUUCUGAUCAAAGAUCGACGAGGAGACGCUGAGAGUCCGAGUCACGAUUGUUUCUUUUAGAGGGAGUAACAGGAAACAGCCAAAAACAUCGG